UUUCUUCUUAUUUAUGACAGGCUCUAACAAAGCUGGGGCAAAUUGAAGUCCAACUUAACACCAUGGACUUACCAAGGAAUAGCACAGCUCUUGCAGAAGAGCAUACCAAAUUAUUUAACACCAUUGUGGAAGUAUCCACUGCAGCCCUUCACGAGGGUCGUAUCCUACUUGAGAGGGUCAGUAGGGACGAUUCUGGGGCUAAUGGAGUUAGACAAAAGUAUGCUGAACUGCAAGAAUGUUGUGCUCGAGUUGAAUCAAACUGUAAGGCUCAACAGGCCGAAGCCUGGGAGAAGAAUCAAGCCUAUCUGAAGUUCCAAGAACAAUACAAAAACUUACAUGCUUGGUUAACACAGAUAGGCCUGGCUACUCUCAGUCGGCAUAAGGAUUUGGGUUCAAGCCUUGCAAAUGCAAAGGAUUUCUUAGAAAUCCAUCAACAAUUAAAUGAAGAUGUCAGGGGCAAGGCUACUGACAUGCAGGCCUUAUCUGAUGCUACUGACGCUUUGGUUCAGUCAGGGGACCAAGAGGGUAAAGCAGCAAAGGAAAUGUAUGAGGCAUUGUAUCAACAGUGGUUGAAAAUCCAACACAUCAUCAGUCUUCGCAUUGAAUUGUCCCUCAUCUUUGUUUCAUUUCAUAAGAUCAUACAAAAUCUUGCCGCUUCUUCUGGAAUCUUUGAAAACAUAUUAAAAUCAGAAACAGAAGACUUACAAGAUAUUACAGAAGAUGCGGUGAAAAACUUGCAGGAAAUGUGGUCACAAACUAUUAAAAUCCACAAUGACUUGCAAGAAAAAGGAAGUGGAUUCCUACAAAAAACUUCCCAGGUUACUGAAGACUCAAACUUAGAUGUUGCCCAAUCAGUAACCUUGGUACAAAAAAUACUAACUGAAUAUCGCAGCCAUAUAACUACCCUUACUGAACAAUGGGAGAUAUGGCAGCAACGUGUCUCUUCCAGUCAACAAUUUAAAGUUCAAUGGCAUCAAUUUAUCCAAGAAGUUAGAAAGACUAUAACUUCAAUUACAAACAUUGAAAAAGAACUGUUUAUGCCCCAUAUAUCUGGUCAAGUGAGUGAAAACAAACAGACAGCUGAACAGUUACAAAAGAAAUUAGAAGACUAUGAACCGAUAUUAAAGGAAGCUGAAGAGAAAAUAAAAGAACAUAUAAACACAGCUGAAACGUUGUCUUCAAAAGGAGACACAAAAGGGCAGAAGGACCAAAUUGUAAAUGAAUUGGUCAAGGUGCACCAACGCUUCCAGGCUAGAGUUACUGAAUACCAUUUCUUACUAAAAAUGACCAUACAGUUCUUUGGAUCCCUUAAUCAGCUUGAUGAACUCAUAAACAAAACUGAACAAGAGUUCUCAACUACUGAACUGCCAUCUGACCUUAACCAAGCCGAAAGGAUGCUGGAAGAGCACAAAGUUAAGAAAAGUGAAGUAAAUCAAUUACUUACUCAUACUGCCGAUGAAGGCGAAAAAAUAGUUGUCCGAGUUAGACAGCAGGGUGCUGAUGCUGCUACUCAGGCUGAAAUUAAACGUAUUAUGGAAAUUUCUGAAAAUUAUAAACGUCGCUGGAACCAGACAUGGGAAGAACAAGAUCGACGUCUAGCACAAAACCUUCAAAUUUGUCAGUUCAAUUUUGAUCUCAGACAGAUUCAUUCCGAAAUAGAUGAACUCCACCACCACCUGCAGGCCAGGCGUGGUAAUUAUGGCAAUAAUUUGCCUGCUGCAAGGAUGACAUCACAAGCUUUUAAACAGUUUGAAAUGACUGUUGAGCUUAUUGAAAAGAAGAUAAACAGUUUCAUUAGUACUGCUGAACUAAUGGUACAAGACAAACAUUAUGAUUCUGUACAUAUACAUCAAGAAAUUGAUGUCUUAAAGAAGAAAUGGAGUACAUUCCACACCAGUGUGACAGAUUACCGCUCUCUUUUGGAUAUUUCUGUGAUGUACUUCCAAAUGAUAGAAGAGACUGAGCAAUGGGUCAGAGAAGGUAAUCAAAUGCUGAUCAACAUUGGGCGUCAAGCUACUGAAUGUCGUCAGCCAUCAGAUGCAACCACAUUGAUUAUAAAGUUACAAAAGUUUGUUGAAAAUGAAAAACCAAUAAUAGAACAGAAAGUCAACAAAAUCUCUGAACUGUCACAUGAACUUUACGGUGAUCAAGGCGCCAACAAGGUUCGCCAUGUUGUAGUUUCUUAUCAAGAUCUUCUUCAGUCUUUCCAACAAGCUGAUAAUGAAUUGUCAGCUUUGAAAGUGAAACUGGAGGGUAAUGAGGCUUCAGGUGUUGAGGAACAUAUCCCAAUGCAGAUAGAUAUCCCUGUCAAUGAACAGGCAGUUGUGUUGAAGCCUCCUCGCAUUACUCAACAUCUUAAAAAUGCAGAAGUCCUGGAAGGAACUAAGUUUAUUUUUGAAUGUCACAUCGAAAGUGAUGAAAUUCCAGAGGUUAAAUGGUUCAAAGACAACCUUCCUUUAACAAGUCCUGAUUAUGAAACACGUUUUGAGAACGGUGUAGCUACUUUAACUAUUGAAGAAACAUUUUCUGAAGAUACUGCUCGUUACACUUGUCGUGUGACAAACCAGGCUGGAACAGCUGAAUCUUCAGCUCAUCUAAAUGUUAAAGAAACACAUCAACAGAUAAUUCCACCAGAUAUCAUAAAGAAUUUAAAAUCAGCUGACAUUUUGGAAGGAAGUCCAUUUACCUUUGAGUGUCAAAUUACUGGUAUGCCAACACCUAGUAUCUCAUGGUACAAAGAUGACCAAAAUAUUGACAACUCUCCUGAUUUCGUCAUUACAAAAAUAAAUGGAACCUGUUGUUUGAAAAUCCGUAAAGUUACAAUGCAAGAAGGUGCACGCUACACUUGCCGUGCCAAUAAUGCCGGUGGUGAAGCUUCUUCAUCUGCUCGCUUGACUGUGAAACCUUUGGAGAAACCAAUUAUACACGAACCUUUGAUGAAUCGAACAAUUACUGAAGGCAAAAGUAUUAGCUUUCGUAUUGUUUUCUCUGGAGUUCCUAAUCCUGAAGUUCUAUGGUUUAGAGGAACAGAACAAAUGAUCAAUUCCAAUGUUUUUAAGAUUUCAACUGAACAUAAUAUUUCCAUAUUGGAUAUAAUGGAAGCUUAUCCAGAAGAUUCUGGUCCCUAUUCUGUAUUGGUUCAAAACCCCGCGGGUGAAGCUCGCUCAUCAUGCCAGUUGACCAUUGAACAAAUAUAUUCCAGUACUGGAGAGGAGAUGUCUCAGUCAUCAACUGAUGUUGAACCAGUAAAACCAUUUUUCUCUCAGCUUCUUCAAGCAACUGCUGAAGUUAUUGAAGGAAGCCGAGUUCGGCUUGACUGCAUUAUUGUGGGAAAUCCCGAACCUGAGGUGAUCUGGUAUCAUAAUGAUAAGCCAGUGAAAGAAUCAAAGGACAUACAGUUAUUAUUUGAAGGUGAUAGAUGUACUCUUGUCAUUAGAGAGGUGUAUUUAGAAGAUGCAGGUCUAUAUAGAUGUGUAGCACGUAAUCCUCAUGGUGUUGCUGAAAGUCAUUGCAAACUAAUUGUUGAAGCUCUGAGUGAAAUGAGUGACGGCUCUGGUACAGAUUUGGUUGCACCAACUUUCCCAGAACUGCUCACUGAUGUAGCCAGCAAACCAGGUGAAAAUGUUACUUUGAGAUGUACUGUUCAUGGUAUGCCAAUUCCCGAAGUUCAGUGGUUUAGAGAAGGUAUAUUGAUUGAACCAUCUUCUAAAUAUAAGACCGUCUGUAAUGGCGAUGUGCAUUCACUUAUAAUUCCUGAAACUUUUGGAGAAGAUAGUGGCACUUUCAUGGUAAAAGCUGUCAAUCCUGCCGGAGAAGCCAAAUGUUAUGGAAAAUUGUUAGUUAAAUCUGAGAAACAACCAGGAAUGGAACAAUUAACUAUGGUUCGUCGUACAGUUGAGAAAGUAACUACUGUUACAAGAACUGAAGAAAUUAAACAGUCACCUCCAGAAUUUACUAAAUUGUUUCAAGAUGUUACAGUGAAACAAGGCGAGCCAGUUAUGCUUGAGUGCAUAAUUACUGGAACACCUAAGCCAAAAGUUGUUUGGCAAUACAAUGGAGACCUCAUUGAUAUAAGACAACAUCAACCAUGUAUGGAAGGAGACAAAUAUCGUUUGAUCAUUCCAAAAGCUAGUGAACGUGAUGCUGGAAGAUUCACCAUUACAGCUGAGAAUCCUUCAGGAAGAGCAACAUGUUCAGCACGAGUCAUUGUUGAGAAAGUUCUACCAGUCCCAAUGGAAGCUAGUUACCAAUCUCAAUUUACUCGAACAGUCACUCAAUCAGAAACAAGAUUAAGCCGUAUAAUUGCUGAUAUGCAAGAAAAGAGCAUGUCAGGAAUGGAACAUCAUUCUACUACCAUUACUACACAAGUACCACCAAAAUUCGAAGUAAUGGGUGCACCUGUUGCUACACAUGAUAGAUUUGCUACCUCCAUCACAACUGAUCUCGCCCCACAAUAUCAACAAGUAGAUCUCAGGAUUGAAGUUCCCAUACCACCAAAAUUCCUUCAAGCCCUCAAAAAUAUUACUGCUCUUGAAGGCACCAAAGUCACUUUUGAUGGUGUUGUUACUGGUAAACCUGAACCCAGUAUCAAAUGGUAUAAGAAAGAUAAGGAAAUUACUGACGGAGCAGACUUUGAAAUUUCAUACAAAGAUGGCCGUGUUUCUCUUACCAUACCAGAAGUUCUUGAAGAGCAAUCAGGCCAAGUUACUUGUACAGCAUCUAAUUAUGUUGGAUGUGCAUCAAGUACUGCUGAACUGAUUGUUAGAGCUUCCAUGAUACCACCAUCUUUCACUGAAAGACUUCAAAGACGCCAAGUUAAAGAAGGAGAAUCUGUAAAAUUAACAGUUCGUGUUGCUGGCACACCUGCCCCACAAGUCAUGUGGUAUAGGGAAGGAUCCCGCAUUGUUAGUUCCCCUGAUUUUGAAAUCAUCCAAGAGGGAGAUAUUCAUACUCUCUACAUUCCAGAGGUUUUCUAUGAAGAUUCAGGAAAAUUUACUGUCAAGGCUAAAAAUCCUGCUGGAGAAGCAGAAUGUAUGGCUGAAUUGAGAGUGCAAGCACCACCACCACCAGUAGUGGAGAGUUUUGCGCAUAUCAAACCUGUUGUGCCUACACAUCAGGCAGAUGUUUACAUGCGCCCAGUUGAACCACCACAGCCGAUUCAAGAACCUGUACAUCCUUCACCAAUUAGACAUGUACAAGCUCCUGUUCCUAAACCAGUUCCUAAGCCUGCACAAGAACCUGCUCUCAAACCUACACAUAAAGAGAAACCUGAAAAACCUUCUCCAAUAAAAAGUGUACAACCUCCAGUACCUGUUCCUCCAGCUGAUAUUAAAAUGGAUGUGGAUGAACCGGAACAAACUUUGCCACCCUUUGAAAAACGUCUUAAACUUUUUGACCAACCAGCUGAAGUACAAGAACCUGUGAUUCCAGCUGCAGUUAAACCACAGAUGAAACCUGCUCCUCAUCUCAAGCCGUCUUUCCCUAAGCCACUUCAGAAUGUUACUGUCAAUGAAGGUGAAAAAGUAAUCUUUGAAGUCAUUAUCACUGGAAACCCUGAACCUGUUGUUAAAUGGUUUAAAAAUGAAAAGAUCAUACACAAUUCUCCAGAUUUUGAAAUCACAUAUAUCAAUGGUGUCAGCAGACUUGUAAUUGCUGAGGUAUUUGCUGAAGAUUCUGGCCAAUACAAAUGUGUUGCUACAAAUGUACAAGGUACUAACACAUCCACUGCUUACUUAGAUGUAAAAGAACCUAUAUCAUCAUCAGAGGAAUCUCCUCCAGUUUCUGCAAAUGUACCUCAAGAAUUACCAGUAUUAACACCUGUACCAGUUGUGCAAGUUCCUACUGCAUCACCAAUUCUGGGAGUUAGAAAAGUUCCUUUCAAAAUACCAUCACCUGCUCCAGUUCCCAAGCCACCACCACCACCACCUGUUGCUGAGGAACCAUUUUUAGAACCAAAGAAAAAACCAACAGUGAAGUUUGGUGCACCUGUUACACAGCCUCCAAGAUUCAUUGAACCAUUACAGAAUGCCAUGCUAAUUGAAGGUAUCAAUGUGAUGCUUGAAUGUACUGUGAUUGGAAAGCCUUUCCCACAGAUUAUGUGGACACAUUUUGGACUUCCAGUUAUUGAAGACGAAAACCACCAUGUUUAUACUGAUGUAGUUACAGGCCGUUGUACCUUCUUAAUUUCUAAAAGUACAUUAAGAGAUAAAGGUGAUUACACUUGCACUGCUCAGAAUAUAGCUGGUCAAGACGCUACAAGUGCAGUUCUUGUUGAAGCACCAAGUGUUCCCAAGCUGAUUGAUGGAAUUGACCAUGCACCUAAAAAGCCUGUACCAAAACCUGAACAUGUACCUGUAAAGAAAGUGGAUGACAAAUUAGCAAAACCUGCACCUCAGGAUUUCAAGAGUUCUGCUUUUGAGGAACGUCUGAAGCAGGAAAUUCAAUUCCGUGAGGGAAAGAUUCAUUUCACUAGUGACGUUGGAAGUACAAGUGAAUAUGAUUCAGAACAUCCCGAGGAUAAAGUAUCUGUUGGUAAAGAACAUCCCAGAAUAACACAGACACUGAAAAACUUCCGUUUAAUUGAAGGUUCAGAUGUAACAUUUGUCUGCAAAGUAACUGGAAAACCAAGACCAAAGAUUGCUUGGUACAAAAAUGGUGUAAGAAUGAAGCGUUCAGGACGUUGUGACAUGAAAUAUACUCAUGAUGGUUACUGUACUCUAAAAAUUCGACUUGCCAUACCAGAAGAUGCUGGCCACUAUACAGUGCUUGCAGUGAACUCAACAGGAAGGGACACAUGUUCUGCAGAACUCUAUGUAGAUUCUGUAGGAACUAUUGAUGCCACUUCAUUUGUUGAACCAGAAACACUAGAACGAAUGCUCAAAAGAGACCAAGAUAAAAUUAAUCAAAGUGCUGGUGGCGGUGGAGUUUUUGAAAAAGCUUCAAAGCCCGCCUUCCAAGUUAUACCAGAAAACCAAGAAGCCCGUGAUGGUCAAACUGUAAGAUUUGAUUGCCUUGUGACUGGACGACCGUAUCCUGAAAUUAGUUGGUACAAAAAUGAAAUAGAAAUGCGUAGUGAUGACUACCACAAGGUGGUUGUGAAUGAAAAUGGAAUACAUUCCUUGAUAAUUCUUUCUGCCACAAGACAAGAUCAUGGACAAUAUAGAUGUGUUGCUCGAAACAAAGCUGGUGAAGCAGUGUUCUUCGUAACAUUAAAUGUUAUGGAACGACAAGAAAUACAUCCACCACAUUUUGUUGAACGUCUUCAAAAUUAUAAUGCUAAAGAAAAUCAAACUGUCACUUUGACUUGUACUGCAGUUGGUUGCCCAUUGCCAAUGAUGAGUUGGCAAAAAGAUGCCAGGAUGCUUUCCUCUAAAGAUUAUGAUAUAUCUACUGAAAAUGGCCGUUCUACAUUGACCAUUAAAAAUGCCACACCAGCUGACUCAGCUUGGUUUCAAUGUUCUGCUGUCAACGUUGCUGGAUCUGCCCUUACACGAGCUAGACUCAAUGUUAUUGGAAAAGGUCCACAACAACCAAUUACAACUCCAGAAGCACCAAUGUUUGGAGUUAGAAGGAGUACUUCUCCCAAAUAUGAAAUUCAACCAAUUGGUCCUGUUCAACAAAUAUCUUAUGCAACAGAACAUGACAGUGCAACUCUGCGACUUUUGAGAGAAGAUCCUCUCAGAAGUGAGGAGAUUCCAGCUCCUAUAGAUGAAAUGGUUGUUUGUGCACCAGCACCAACAACUGAAACACCAGUUGACGGUCAGCCUACUGAAGACGAACCAGCAUUCAAACCUCCAUCUGUAGCAGAGGCGAAGUUGAUUUUUGAUCAAUCUGGCAAACCACUGCCUCCACCAGCAACACUUCCAAGAGUACAACCUAAACCAGAAUUCAUACCAAAACCUGUACCAAAACCUGCACCAGUUCAGGAGAAAUUAAUUUCACCCGACAAAAAAGUGAAACCUGUUAAAGCUCCUGUUCCUGUUCCAGUUCCAGUUCCAGCUGAAUCAACAUUGCCACGUGGAGAUUCACCACCAAGCUAUGAAAUUCAGGAAGAAGGACCAGUACAACAGAUUAGCUAUGCUUCUGAGAUAGGAAGCGCUGUGCUCAAAAUUGUUGAUCAAGUGGAUAUAAUGAGGGAUGAAGAUAAGCCAGUGAGAAAACCUACUCCAGCUCCUGAAUUGACUAAACCAAGCAAAGUGGAACCAUAUACUGCACCAAAACCUGCACCAGUUCCUGAGCCAAAACCAGCUCCUAUUAUUCCAGCACCUCCAGUUAUUAAGCAUGUUGAAAGUCCAAAAUUAUCCAAGAAGCCUGUACAGCCACCAGCAGCUCCUAAGCCACCACCAAUUACUCCAGUUGCAAAAGUACCAGUUGCAAAACCACCUCAAAGGAAAAGAAGCCCCAAACCGGUAACAGACAAUGAAAAAGUUGCUAAUGCAAAUGUGAAAACUCCAUGGAAUGCUGCAAAUAGUGAAGUUUAUAAAGCACUAAUGGAAGAAAAGACUGCAAGAGUAUCACAUGAUGAUCUUUUCAAGAUGGAAGCUGAGAUACAAUUACAGAAAAUGAAACAAGAAUCUCACAUACGCCGACGCAGUGUACAUCCAACUGAAAUUAUAUACAAUAAAAGCAAGAAAAAGAGGCCUGUUUUCAGAACUCAACUGAAAGAUGUUGAAGUUGCUGAAUAUGACCGCACACAUUUGGAAUGUCUGCUGACUCCUAUUAAUGAUCCCACAAUGAAAGUGGAAUGGUUAAGGAAUGGACAACCUUUACCUUAUGGUCAUCGUUACAGACCAGUAUAUGAAUUUGGCUAUGUUGUGCUUGAUCUUCUUUUCACCAUCCCAGAGGAUUCAGGCAUUUAUUCUAUAAAAGCUACAAAUGCAUAUGGUGAAGCAACAAUAAAUGCAGAAGUUGUUUGUCUAAACAAAACAUCUAUUAUUAUUGGAACUCAACUUCCUGAAGGCCAAGAAGCAAUUGCCCGUUUACGUCAGUUGGAGAGUUACAAAAAUAUUUCUCUUAUGGUUGGAAACUAUGCUGAAGAUGCAGAUAUUCCAUCAGAACCUGCACCACCCAUUAUUGAAAUUAAACCAGAACCGGUUGAAAUUGAUGAAGGAGAAACUGCUAAAUUUAUUGUUAAUGUUAGUGGUUAUCCCCGACCAAGAGUUACUUGGUGGAUAAAUGGAAGCCUUGUUGCAGGAGGAAGCAGAUUUAAAGUAAGAUAUGAUGGUGUGAUACAUUAUCUUGAAAUUCCUCGUGUGAGGGAAUAUGAUGCUGGCCAAAUAAGAGUUUUAGCCAAAAAUCAACAAGGUGAAGCUGAAUGUAUUACUACACUUAAAGUAAUUCCAAAGGAGGAUUGGCGUUCACAUUUGCGACAUGCUCCUAAAAGCGAUCUCCAGAUUGAACUGGAACGCCGAAAGAGAGUGGAACUUCGCAGUGCUGAACUUAAAAUGGCUCAGAUGAAGAGUUCAUUGGCAUCUUUCGAGUUGGGAAUGCUCAAGCAUGAGACCACUUUCCGAAAAGACACAACUGAUGCUAACUUGCAGAAGCUUCUUGCUCAAGAUGCAUUGAGACAGCAACUUAUAGAUGAACAAUAUGAGAGGAUACAAAAGACAUCCACUCAAACAAUAACAUUUAAACAACCAGUCAAACAAGAGCCUCCUGUUUUUGGUAUUCCACUUUGCCCAGUCAAAGUUCUGGAGGGUACUUCUGUAACACUCAAAGUGCAUUUCACUAGUAAUCCACCUCCUAUUAUUACCUGGUACAGAGAUAGCAUUGAAAUUCACAAUUCAUGGGAUUUCCAGAUUCGAGUUACUGAGACUUGCAGUACUUUACAUAUUUCUGAAGUAUUCCCAGAAGACUCAGGAAUGUACACAGUUAAAGCCUAUAAUAAAUAUGGCAUGACACAAUGCAAAGCAAAGAUGACUGUUAUGGAAGAAGAAGAAGCUGCAAAAGAAACUUCUCCUGAAUUUCGUAACUUACUUCGUGAUACCAAAGUUGUUGUUGGAGAACCUGCAACCUUUGAUUGUGAAGUUAUUGGGAAACCUAAGCCCAAAGUUCACUGGCAAAAGGAUGGCAAAAAUAUGCCUGAAAGUCCACGGUGGAAAUUCAUUCAUGAAGAAAACCACUACACUCUCCUUAUUUUUGAAGUUCAGCCUGAAGAUGCUGGAACUUAUGCUUGUGUUAGCAUUAACACAAAUGGAAAGUCAACAUGUACUGCUAAACUGAUUGUUGAUGAACCAGAUGUUACCAAAGAAUCACAUGCACAUCUGAAGUUGGCCAAACAAGUAAAAGCUACUCCACCAACUAUUAUGAAAAGGCCAGAAAAUAAAACUGUUCCAGAGAGUGAAAGUGUUAGUUUCUCAUGCAAAAUUACCUCUAAUCCACCUCCGGUCGUAACAUGGUACUGUAAUAAUCACCUUGUGAAACCUUCAAAAUAUUUCAACAUGACUUCUACUCCUGAUGGUGUCCAUACUCUAACUCUGUUGGAAGCAUUUCCCGAAGACAGAGGUCAAUAUAGAUGUGUGGCACGAAAUGUUACUGGAGAAAUUUCCUGUGUUUGUUAUCUCAAUGUUAUCGGUCUUGAAAGUGAAACAGAACCAGAGACUCCUGAAGUUCCAGUUUCACCACCCAGUUUUAUUAAACCAAUUUCUAACAUUGUUAUUGAAGAAGGUUAUCCAACAUACUUUGAAGCAGUAUUUACAGGAGAACCUGAUCCAGAAAUUACUUGGCUUCGCAAUGGUAAAAAGAUUAAGAACACCAGAGACUUUAAGAUUGAGAGAGUUGGUCAGACAACAAUACUGUCUAUCAGGGAAGCAUUUCCUGAAGAUAGUGGUCUUAUUACUUGUCGUGCAAGGAACAGUGCUGGUGUUGCUGAAUGUUCUGCUGAAUUCUACGUUCAAGAGGAGCAAGAACUGCCAGAAGACAAAGUUUCUCGUGCAGGAAUGAAAUUAGUUCAACCAAAGAUACCUGUAUUUAAGAGAUCUCUUUCUCAAACCUACAAAGUGAAACGAGGACAAAUUGCAAGACUUGAAGCUCAGGUUGAGGCUUAUCCACCACCAUUGGUGAAAUGGUAUGUCAAUGGUGUUGAAAUCCUACCAUCAGAUCAUUACCAGAUGUUCCAAGAAGGAGAUACUGUUGUCUUGAUCAUCAUUCAUGUUGAUGAAAAGGAUAUUGGAGAGUAUGUCCUGAGAGUUGGAAAUGAGCUUGGUGAAAUCACAUGCAGGACAACCAUUACUUUUGAUGAAAAGCAAAAGGUUGUGCAAAUACCAGAUGAACCUGAUUCCGUUACCAUUAAAAUGAUUGAGAAAGAAGAAAAGACUAUUACAACUGAAAUCAGGGAAAUAAGGCCUAUUUUUGUUGAGCCUAUUCAACCUGAGGUGUUCGUCCGAGAAAGAGGAAUUGCAAGACUUGAAUGUUCAGUAGAUGCUCAUCCCCCUCCUUUGAUUACUUGGUAUAUCAAUGGAAUGGAAAUCAAGCCUUCUCCACAUUAUGAAAUCUUUUACGAAUCUGGUAAAAGUUUGCUGAUCAUUAUUGAUGUUGGACCAGAAGAUACUGGUGAAUAUACAUGCAGAGCAGUUUCAGAAUUAGGUGAAGCUGUGUGCAGUACUACCUUAUAUGUCCAAGAACCUGCUGCAGAAAUGUCACCACCUCCUGAAACAGAAGAGGAACCUCCUGUAGAGGACUUUAUGCCACCAAACUUUAUAAAAGACUUAGAAACAAUGGAUGUGGUCGAUGGCCAAGAAAUAAAAAUGAUAUGCAAAGUUGUUGGAAAACCAGUUCCUCAUGUUUCUUGGUUCCAUAAUGGGACUAAUAUUGAUAACAAUGAUGAAUAUGUCAUUUCAUACAACCCAGAGACAGGAGAUAUUUGUCUCCAUAUCGUGGAAGCUCUUCCAGAAGAUCGAGGAGAUUAUGUUUGCAUGGCUAUCAAUCAAUAUGGACAAGCAGCUACAUCUGCUCGACUGACAGUUCAUGAACCAAAGAAAGAAGAAGUCAUUAUUCCUGUUCAGAAGAAAGAUCAGAAAGCCAAACCAGCUGCUAUUCCUCCUGAAUUUGUGGAACCUUUGCAACCACAAACUGUUCAAGAUGGUUCUCAAGUUGUAUUGACUUGCAGAAUGAAUGCUUAUCCUGAACCCAAAAUUACUUGGUAUAAAGACUCAAUUGAGAUUGUACCAAAUAAUGAUUUCCAGAUAACAUUUGAAAUAGAAACUGGUAGAUGUAAGUUGAUUAUUACUGAAGUCUAUCCAGAAGAUGCAGGAGAAUAUACUUGCCAUGCCAGAAACAUUUAUGGAGAAUCUGUUACUUCCACAACUGUUAUUGUUGAAACUUCAAUAACAACAACUGAGACCACAACAAAAUCUAUGACAACCAUUCCUCUUGAUGAAAGCAUCAAAUUAGUCGAUGAACAUUACAUUACUUCUAUUCAGAUGUCACCUCAUUAUAUUGAACCAACUGAGGUUUAUCAUGGAAAACCUGUCAGACUAAUAUGCCAGUUGACUGGAGAACCCAAUGUCUCCUGGUAUAUCAAUGAGGUUGAGGUUCGACCGACACCUAACAGGAAAAUGUUUAUUGAACAUAAUACAUCAAUAUUAUUGAUUGUAAAUGCAACAUAUGAAGAUACUGGAGAAUACAUUUGCCGUAUGGAAAAUAAAGAAGGUGUAUCAAUAAGUAGAGCAUCUAUCAAUGUGAUGAAACAAAUUGAAGCACCACUUACUGAGCCAGCAGCUCCUGAAUUCACAGAAUUACUUCAGCCAUAUACUGUUCAUGAUGGCGAUAGAGCAGAAUUUAGAGUGCGUUUCACUGGCCAACCUUUGCCAAAAAUAACAUGGUUUUAUGAUGGUAAAGUUAUAACAUCCACCAAUGAUAUACAAAUUACUGUAGAUUAUGAACGAAAAGAAAGUAUUCUCAUUAUUGUGGAAGUAUUCCCUGAAGAUGAAGGAGAAUACACUUGUUCUGCAUCAAAUGAGUAUGGUGAGACAAUAACAACAUGCAAACUGACAGUCACAUCAUAUGAAUAUAUUCCUGAUAGUGAAGAAGCUUCAUCACAGGAAGCUCCAUCUCCAAGACCAGUGUUGGAAGAAACUGAAUUGAAGCAAUUGUCUUAUGAAGAAGUUAAGAAAUUGAUUCAAGAAGAGACUUCAGUUGCUGAAGUUUCUACUGAAUUGCCAGGAACUAGUGUAGUUGAAAAGCAAUAUCACACUGCUAAAACCGUGGAGAUGGUUCUGACUGGUGAAGCAGAAUCAACUACUGAUAUUAGUCAGAAGCAAAUUGCUGAGUUCCAGGUCACAUCACAAAUAAUUAAAGAUAGUAUUCAAAAAGCUGACAUAGAAUCACCAAUCAGUGCUAGAGCAGCUUCCCAGAUACAAAUCCCAGAUCAAAGUCAGUUGAGUGAAUUGCAGUCAGUUUCAGAAGAACAAGUCAAAUCUGAAUCAGUCAUUUCUGUUUCACAGCAACAUGAAGCAGGAUUUGCCACUGAAACGAAAGUUGUUGAAAAGGUUGAAGACUUGGAGCAACCUCAAAUAUUUGACUUUGAACAGAAAAUAGAGACACCUGUAACAAGGGAUAUUGUUCAAGUUGAAGAGAAAGUUGAACAACUGCUUGCAGAAGAAAGCAAAGUAUCUCUUGAAACGGUGAGUGUUGAUCAACCACAAGUAUUUCAUAUUGUUAGCAGUACCGAAGAACAAACAACCAUUGAAAGUGUACCUGGAGUUACCAAAGAAGCUGAAAAACGACAACCAACAGUUGCAAAAUCUGUCACUAUGAAAGAAGUCACUGAAGAAUCUAUAGUUACUGAGUUACAUGAACUUCCAGAAGCAACAACUGACAUAGAAGAAAUCACUCUGGAUAUCCAUAAAGUUGAAGAGAAACAUGCCAAGGAAAGUAAAGUACUUGUUGAAAUGGAAAGUCUAGAGCAACCAGAAGUUGUAAGUAUUGAUGGUAAAGUUCAAGAACAAACACAUAUUCAGAAAAUAGUAUCUGUUACCAAAGAGGCUGAAAAACAACAACCAACAGUCGCUAAGUCUGCUGUUAUCAAGGAGGUCACUGAAGGAUCAGUUGUGACAGAGUUGCAAGAAUUUCCUGAAGAAACAACUGAUGUACAAGAAAUCACUUUGGAUAUCCAUAAGGUUGAAGAGAAAUAUGCCAAAGAAACUAAAGUAUCUGUGGAAAUGGAAAGUUUUGAACAACCUGAAGUUUUUGCUAUUGAUGGCAAAGUUGAAGAACAAACAAAUGUUGCAAGUAUUCCUGGUGUUACUUUUGAAGUUGAGAAACAACAACCAACAGUUGCUAAGUCUGUUGUUAUGAAAGAACUAACAGAAGAAUCUGUAGUGACACAAUUACAUGAACUUCCCGAAGAAACAACUGAAAUGGAAGAAAUAACUUUGGAUGUUCGUACAGUUGAAGAGAAACAUGCCAAAGAAAGUAUAGUAGCUGUUGGACUGGAAAGAGUUGAGCAGCCAGAGGUAUUUGAUAUUGAUAGUAAAGUUCAAGAACAAACAACUUCUUCUGAAGUACAAGUAAUUGCUGAAACAUCUGCAAUUGAUUCGCCUGUUAUUUCUAAAUCAACACUCCUUUCAGAAGAUGUUCCUGAAAAUGUUGUAACACAUGUUAAGGAACUAGAUCAGGAAACAACCUUAGGACAGGAAAUUGUUUCUAUUGUUCAUGAAACAGAUCAACUUUUACCGAAAGAAACUAAAGUUGAUAUUGAAACUGUUGCUAUUGAGCAUCCAGAUGUAUUUAGUAUCAGUGAAAGUGUUGAAGAAAAGACAACUGUUCAAGAAAUUGAUAAGGUUAUUACUGAAACUAUUGAGAAACACUUACCAACUGCUGCUAAAACUGUUGCUAUGCAAGAACUUAUUGACGAGGCAACUGCAAGUGAUGUUCAAGAAGAAGUAGAAGAAAAAACUGUUCCUGAUGAAGUUUCAUCCAUACGUGAACAAUACAUGCAAAAUCUCCCUGUUGAAAGUAAAGCAGCUGUAGAAAUAGAAUUGAUAGAACACCCAGAGAUAUUGAAUCUUCCAGAAAAAACAGAAUAUAAGCCUAGUACUCAAGAAAUUAAGCAAGUUACAACCAAACCUGAGAAAACAUAUCCUACUUCAGCAAAAGCUUUUGCUUUAGAGGAAAUGACAGAACAUGCAACUACAAUGGAUCUUGAAGAAGCUCCUGUAGAGACUUUGAAGAGUGAAGGUGUAACCAGCUUCCAAAUACAGUAUGAACAGAGAGUAGAAAGGGAAACUCAAGCUGCACCUGAUGAAUCUAUAAUUGAAGUGCCAGAAGUUGUAAAUGUUGCUGAAAAAGUGGAGCAAAAACUUAGUAGUGCUGAAAUGAAAGUAGUAAAAGAAAUGGCUGAAAAAUCAAUGCCAAUCAUGAGCAAAUCUGUUACACUAGAAGAAUUUACUGAAUCAUCUUCAAUAAUAUCAUUGGAUGAAGAAACUUCAUCUCAACCAGUUGUUGAGGAAGUGACAGCUCCUGAAGAGACUACUGGUCAUAUUUCUCCUAAAACAGCAAAGAGUGUUGUUCUUGAAGAGAUAUUUGAAAUUCCUGAAGUCAAGCAACUGGAGGAAAAUAAAACUGAAAGUAUGGAAAAACCUUCUAGUGUACAAGAUUUAGAUGUGAAAUAUAAACCAUCUGAUGCCUUCCUUACUCAAACAGUGCCACUUGAAGAAGUUGUUGAGGAACUUAAAACAUAUGAGUUAACACGUGAAGUUGAAAAGCAAACAGAUGAAAGAGAGGUAUCACCUCUAAGUAAUGUCUGUGCUCCCUUAGCUCCUUCUGAAAGUAAGGCAGAUGUCACUGAAGAAUUACUUGAACCAUCUGUAAUUGAUAAUGUGAAACAACAAGAUACAAUGAACUUGAGUGUUAUUGGUGUUGAGUUGGAUACUCAAUCCGUGAAAACACAACCAAUCACUGAAACCACUACUCGCUCUGUUGUAGAAGCUUUUGAACAACCAAAUUUGACUGAAGUCACACUUCCAUCGACUGAAACAGCUAUAGCUAAAGAUAUGCCAAUUGAAACUUUGCAAGCUCAAUAUGAAGAGGUACCUGAGAUUUUGGAAACAUUUGUUGAAAACCUUGUAACUGAAGUAAUUUCAGAAACUGUGGAAGAAAGUAAGAUGCCUUCAUUUGAAGUCAGCUUAAAAGAUAUUACCGUUGUUGAAAAUCAUGUUCUCCAUAUGGAAGUAUUUGUCAGUGGAACACCUAUGCCAGAAGUGAAAUGGUAUUUGAAUCAAGUCGAACUUGCUCCUUCACCAGGCGUUCAUAUCAGACAAGAAGGUUAUCGUUCUGAAUACAUCGUUGAAGAAGUGUUUCCUGAAGAUCAAGGUUUAUAUUCUGUUAUUGCAACUAAUGAAUUUGGCACAGUGACUUCAUCAGCUUACAUUACUGUAUUGUCUGCUUCUGGUCCUUCUUCUGAUGUUGAAAUUGAAGAAGAGCAAAAGGAAGUCACUAAAACAUUUGUGGAAGAGAUUUCAAUAGAUGCAAAACCAGUAAUGGAACAAGUUAAUAUUGAAAUAAUUGAUAAAACAUAUGGAAUUCAGAAAGGUGAAAGCUUUGAAAGUGAAGAAACAUUUGAAGAAUGCAUUGAAGGUCAGGCAGUUUCUGAUGAUAGUGGUGAAGAUCAUUUUGAAGAAUGCUAUCAAGAUGAUUAUGUGGAAUCAGAAAUUGUACCUGAUGUAAGAAAAGAAGAGCACAUUGAAAGAGAAACAAUAGUUCAAAAAGUAGGCAUCCAGAUUCAACCAGCAGAAGUUUCAAAUUUCAAAACAGAAGUUGUAUUGUCACCAGAAGUUAAAAAGGAAGAAAUCAAAUUUACUGUAUCUCCUGAACAAGUAUUCAAAGAAGAAGUUAAAAUAGCUACUGAACCAAGCAAUUUUGUGGACACAAUAACUAUAAAUGUUGAUGCUCAGAAAGAAAUUGUCAAAGAAAUUGUAAAAACUGAGAUGACCAAAGAUGUAGCUGUGGAAUCCAGUUUUAAGAAUGUUCUUAUGUUAGAGCCUACUAACAUUUUAGUGGAUGUGGAUGAGCCCGAUACAAUACCAUCAGAAACAAUGCAAAUUCACUUUGUUCAGGAAUCAAAAGAAACUGUUAGUGAAGAAAAAUCAUUAAGGUUUUCUACAGAUUUUGAAAAUAUACAGCCAGAAACAUCUGAGAAUUUAGCCAUAAACAAAGCAGAAAUCACAGCCAAAUCUGAAGUUUGUAUCAAUGAAAUUUUAGAUCAUUUGACAAUGGAAAAAAGUGAAAAUGUCAUUGCAGAAGCAUCUCCAGUAGAAAUGAUCGUUGAAAAUAUAGAAUCUGAUAUAAGAGUUAUUCAAUCAGUAGAAAAACCAGUGCAGAAUGUUGAACUAAUACCAGAGGUAAUUGCUGCUGAAAAUGCUGAUGCAGUUUAUCAGGAACCUACACCAGUUGAACCUACACCUGAAGUGAUUGAAUCUAAAGGUGUAGAACAACAUGUGAUUACCGAAAAACAUAUUCAAAAUGUUGCAGUCUUACCUGAAGAUUUGCCAGUGGAAAAUGUUGAUAUUUUCCCUCGGGAACCAUCACCUGUUGAGACUACACCUGAAGUGAUUGAAUCUAAGGGUGUAGAACAACAUGUGAUUACCGAAAAACAUAUUCAAAAUGUUGCAGUCUUACCUGAAGAUUUGCCAGUGGAAAAUGUCUAUAUUUUCCCUCGGGAACCAUCACCUGUUGAGACUACACCUGAAGUGAUUGAAUCUAAGGGUGUAGAGCAGCAUGUGGUUACUGAAAAACAUGUUCAAAAUGUUGCAGUGUUACCUGAAGUUCUACCUGCUGAAAAUGUUGAUAUUUUCCCUCGGGAACCAUCACCUGUUGAAACUACACCUGAAGUUAUUGAAUCUAAGGGUGUAGAACAACAUAUGGUGACAGAAAAACAUGUUCAAAAUGUUGCAGUGUUGCCUGAAGUUCUUCCAGCUGAAAAUGUCUAUAUUUUCCCUCGGGAACCAUCACCUGUUGAAACUACACCUGAAGUCAUUGAAUCUAAAGGUGUAGAGAAACAUAUGGUGACAGAAAAACAUGUUCAAAAUGUUGCAGUUUUACCUGAAGAUUUACCGACUGAAAAUGUUGAUAUUUUCCCUCGGGAACCAUCACCUGUUGAAACUACAUCUGAAGUCAUUGAAUCUAAAGGUGUAGAACAACAUAUGGUCACAGAAAAACAUGUCCAAAAUGUCACAGUCUUACCUGAAGAUUUGGCACCUGAAAAUGUUGAAGCUUUCCCUCGGGAACCAUCUCCAGUUGAAGUACAGUCUGAACUUAUUGAAUCAGGAUCUAAAGAUACCCAUGAAUUAUCAGAGAAGCUUGAAAUUAAUGUUGAAGGUUCUUCAGAAGAUACUAUUCUUGACCUAUUAGUUGUUGUGCCCAGAGAAGAAUCUCCAGUUGGUACAACAUUUGAUUAUGACACCACUGAAACAACAAAAGAACAAGUUUUAAUUGUGCAAAAAGAAAUUAAGGUUGAUGAAUUGCCAGAUACUACAGUUAUUGAAUCCUCUCAUGAUGUCAUCAAAGAAGUAUGUGCUGUAGAACCUGUAGCUGAAAUUGUUCCAUCAUCUGCUUCUCAGAAGCCUUUCAUUACUCAAGGAUCCAUCUGUGCUGAGGAAAUUCCACAAGAGACUGAGAUUGAUAAAUUGAUAAUUAUUCCUAGAGAAAUCCCUACUUCAGCAGAAAUUCAGAUUGCUGAAAUUACUGAUAUGGUGAUACCAACUGUAUCAGAAGAAAUUAAUGUAUAUGAGGACAAACCUGUAGAAGUUGAGGAAGAAUCAUUUGAAGAUGCAGCUGAACCAUCUGAUGAAGAAAAGGAAAGCCUUGAAGAUUUCAAAGAAUGCAUAGACAUUACUGUGGAACCAGAAAUAUCAGCUGUGAAGAAAGAGAUUAUUGAGACUACUAGAGACAAAACUUCAAAAGUUAUGGUUCAAAUCAAACCAAAAGAAGAGAAGGCGGAGAAAACAAUUUCUGUAACAAAUCUUGUUCAGCAUGAAGUUACUUUAGCUGAGCAUGUACCUGUUGUUAUGCAAGUUGAGGAGAAAUAUAAAGUAGACAAAACUAUUCCUGUUACAAGUCCUAAAAAGAGUGGUAUAAAAAUAAAUGUUUCUGAAAAUAUUCAGAAGGACAUAUCAAUCUCAGAAGCAUCUUUGUUCAAAGAAUCUGUAAAUGUGGUAACCAAACCACAGUUAGAAGAGAUUCACAUGGAAAUUGUUCCUGAAAAGAAGGUUGAUGUUAAAGAGACUGUAGAAAUUGUCCGGAAAGUUACAGAAGAAAGAAUUCCCGAGAGAAAGGAAGAACCAGUUGAUAAAAUUGCUGUAUUUAAAGAAGCUGUGGAAAUCUCACCCAAACCAGGUUUUCAGGAAGUUCAUAUGACAAUUGUUCCUGAGAAGAAGGUUGAAGUCAAGGAAACUGUAAAAGUUGUCCAGAAAGUUAAAGAGGAAAUUACGCCCAAGAAAAAGGAAGAACCAGUGGAUGAAACUGCAGUAUUUAAAGAGGGUCUUGUAAUUGCCCCCAAACCAACAUUUGAGGAAGUUCACAUGACUAUUGUUCCAGAGAAGAAGGUUGAUGUCAAUGAGACAAUACAUAUUGUUCAGAAAGUUACUGAACAAAUUACACCUGAGAGAAGGGAAGAACCAGUGGAUGAAACUGCAAUAUUUAAAGAAGGUCUAGAAAUUACUCCCAAACCAAAGUUUGAGGAAGUUCACAUGACUAUCGUUUCUAAGGAAAAAGACAUUCCUGUUGAAAGAAAACCAGAGAUGCAUAUUGAAGUUAGAACAGUUCCUGAACAACUAAAUGUAACACAAAAAGAAACAUAUUCCAUAGAAACAAUUGCUUCACAUCCUAAAGAACCUGAAUUUGAAAAAGAAAUCAGGAUAAUUAAAAAGGAUUCCACUAGUGAAAUUGUAAAACAGAAAUCUGAGUAUAUUCAAAAGACCAUUGAUAUAUCAGAGAUUCAUAAAAAAUCUACUAAACUGGAAGUUAUUAAAGAAUUCCAUGAUAUUAGUGUCCGUGAAAAAGAUACAUUUAUUCUUGAGAUAAUAUUCGAAGCACAUCCUGCUCCAUCAAUUACAUGGUAUUUUGAAGAUGUAGUUAUCGAAUCUACUGAAGAAUUUUUAAUUGUGAUUGAAGAAAACAGAACUAUGAUUGUUGUUAAACAAGCUAUAUUAGAAGAUGAAGGAGAAUAUAAAGUGAGGAUUGAAAAUGAUGCUGGUUCAUAUGUAUCUACUGCCUAUGUUACAGUAUUACCAUUAUCAAUUAGUGAUACUGAAUUUGAAACCCAGCGAGCAGUUGUAAGUGAACAGGAGAAGAUGGAAAUUAAGCAAGAGUUCCACAAGUUUGAGAUUAACAUUGAUGUUAGUAGCCGUGGAGCACCUCCAAAACCAGAACCACUCCCCGUGGCAGAAGUGAAGCCAUUGCUUGAAAGAACUGAAACAACUACAAUAAUCACGGAACAGAAAGUAGAAACAGUAACUGAGUCAACAACCAAGAAAGAAACAACUGAAGCAGCUCCAUCAGAAGUUGAUGAGACUGAGCAAUAUUCCACACCAGAAGAAGCAAUGAUAAUUACUGACUCUACUGAGGUUCAGAAACCCAAAUUCAUAAGUAAACCUCAAGAUGAAUAUAAUGUCAGUGUUGGUAGCUCUGCGAAAUUUGAUUACACCGUGGAAGCAAAUCCUGCUCCUUCACUAACAUGGUUCCAUAAUGGAAUUGAGAUUAACACAGAAGAAGAAAAUUAUCUCAUUGAAAUGAGAAAAGAUGAAAACAUCUAUAAUAUAUCAAUGAUCCUUGAUGAUGUUACCCCAGAAGAUGCUGGAAAAUAUACUGUAGUUAUUAAGAACUUUGUUGGAGAAGAUUCUUAUUCUGUUAUUCUUACAAUUGAUGAUGAAGAAAUAGAAUUGGAUGAAGCUUCUGAAUUCAUUGAGGUGAAAGAGAAGGAUUCUGGAAUUACAAUCGAGGUCAAACAACCUGGCGAUAUGGCUCCUAUUUUUGAAAUUUCUCUAAUUGAUCAAACAGUUGAAGAAGGUGGAUCUGUGUCUUUCGUAUGCAAAUACAGAGGUCAGCCAAUUCCAAAUAUUACAUGGUUUUAUAACAACAUCCCUAUUGAAGAUGGAGAGAUGUAUCAUGUAAUACCAGGUGCUAAUGAAUCUACUCUGAUGAUUCCUGAAGUAUUUCCAGAAGAUGCUGGAACAUACACUGUUAAAGCUUCUAAUGACUAUGGAGAAAUUGUAUCAUCAUGCGUACUUGAUGUUUUAGAAUUUGCUGAUCUAUCUGAAGAGGAAGACAUUGUUGAACAGGCUGCUGUGACAAUACAAGCUGCCUACAGAGGUUUCAAGGCAAGAAAAGAAGUUGAAAAUAUCAAACAGUCGAAGACAGUUUUUACUACUGAUGAAACACGACAUAUUAUUGAGCCUGAAACAAUUGAGCUGCCCCAGAAAGAAGAACAGAUCAUAGAAAUUUCUCCUGAAGUGUCACAGGAAGCUGUAUCACUGACUAUUGCUACAGAUGAUAAAAUGGAAAGUACAUCUAAGAUCCUUCCAACUAAAGUUGAUGUUAGUACUUACCAAGUAACUGAAAGCAUUACAACUGAUAUUGUCUCUGAUAAACAAGAACAAUUAUCUGGUGUGGUUUCUGAUCAUGUUUUGCAAACAUCUGAACAGAUUUCACCUUUGAUUCAAACAGAUGUUACAAAAUCUGAUAUUAUUAUGGAUGAAAACUUAUCAGAUAUUUCACAAAUUGAAAGCCAAAACUUAUCUGAAAUAUCUAUUUCAAGUAAAUCUACAGAUGAAGUAUCCCAAAUAACUAUUCCUCUUUUAAAAUCUGAUGAGGUUCAAGAAGCAGUCAUUGAAGAUAAAAUUAGUGAUAUUGUAUCUGAAGACACACAAGAAAAUAUUACUAGCCUCUUGAUUGAACCAAAAUCACUUGAUACAACAGUUUCAAAGAUAGUGAGCAUUCAAAGUGAUUUGGUUGAAGAGCAAACUCCAAGUAGUUUAGUUACUGAUAUUGUUCCUAAGGAACUUCUUGAUGCAAAACAAGAAGAUAUCAGUGAAAAGGCAACUGAAAUAACUAUGCAAACUGAAAUUCCAGUCAUACAGACCGAUAUUGUAUGUGAUGAAGUUUCAUCAGAUAUUGUAUCAGAUAUCAGUGAAUCUGUAGUAACUCAAAAGAUUGAUAGUGAAUUAAUUGAUAAACCAUCGGUUGUGGAGGUUACUGUAAAAGACAAAAUACAGCAAGAAACUGGUACAAUUUCAGAAAGUAUUCAAGAAUUUACAACUGAUAUACAAACAGAUGAUGUACCCAAAGAUAUUGUUUCUAGUAUUGUUGAAAAAGUUGCUACCAGCUCCCAGCUAACUGAAGAAGUAUUGACAAAAGCUAACAUUAUGGAAGAAGAAAUUUUAGAUGCACUUUCAGAUAUUGCAUCUGAAGAAGAUGCAGCAGGUAUAACUCCAAACAUCAUAUCUGAAGUUGCUACAGAGAAAAUGGAAAUAACUUCUGCUCCAUUUGUAAAAACAGAAUCCAUAAAUGUUGGAAUAUCAGAAUCUACUGUCACUGACUUUUCAGAAGAGACAAAAAUAACAUUAGAAUCUGUUGAUACCAAAUCAUUACAAGAAAAGCAAUUAGAUUUGAUUGAUACACCAAAAUCUAUGACAACAAUCAUGCAGGAACAUUUAACAGAAAAUGGAAUAAGUGAAAUUUCUGAUGUCACUUUAGAAAAUGUAAGUAUUGUUGAUGCAGAGAAAAAGGUAGAUAAAAGUCAGGCCAGUCUAGGUGACAUGCCUAAAUCUAUGGUUACAAUUAUGCAUGGAGAUGUAACUGAAAAUAUUGUUGCAGAUAUUAAGGAUGUCAACGUAGAAGAAGUAAGCAUUGUUGAUUCAGAGAAGAAACCUGAGAAAAGUGAAGCAACCUUUACUGAUAUCCCUAAAUCUAUGGUUGGUGUUGUACUGGAGCAUUUGACAGAAAAUGGACUUUCAGAUAUUUCUGAUGUAAGUGUUGACAAAGUAAGCAUUGUUGACUCUGAAAAGAAACCUGAGAAAAGUGAAGCCACCUUUACUGAUAUUCCUAAAUCAAUGGUUGGAGUAGCUCAAGAGCAUAUCACUGAAAAUAUCGUAUCUGAUAUCAAGGAUGUCAGUGUAGAAGAAAUAAGUGUUGUUGAUUCUGAGAAGAAACCAGAGAAGAGUGAAGCCACUCUUACUGAUAUCCCCAAAUCUAUGGUUGGAGUUGCCCAAGAGCAUAUCACUGAAAAUAUCGUAUCUGAUAUCAAGGAUGUUAGUGUAGAAGAAAUAAGUGUUGUUGAUUCUGAGAAGAAACCAGAGAAAAGUGAAGCCACCUUUACUGAUAUCCCCAAAUCUAUGGUUGGAGUUGCCCAAGAGCAUAUCACUGAAAAUAUCGUAUCUGAUAUCAAGGAUGUCAGUGUAGAAGAAAUAAGUGUUGUUGAUUCUGAGAAGAAACCAGAGAAAAGUGAAGCCACUCUUACUGAUAUUCCCAAAUCUAUGGUUGGAGUGGCCCAAGAGCACAUCACUGAAAAUAUCGUAUCUGAUAUCAAAGAUGUCAGUGUAGAAGAAAUAAGUGUUGUUGAUUCUGAGAAGAAACCUGAAAAGAGUGAAGCCACUCUUACUGAUAUCCCUAAAUCUAUGGUUGGUGUUGUGCUGGAGCAUUUGACAGAAAAUGGACUUUCAGAUAUUUCUGAUGUAAGUGUUGACAAAGUAAGCAUUGUUGACUCUGAAAAGAGACCUGAGAAAAGUGAAGCCACCUUUACUGAUAUUCCUAAAUCUAUGGUUGGAGUGGCUCAAGAGCAUAUCACUGAAAAUAUUGUAUCUGAUAUCAAGGAUGUUAGUGUAGAAGAAAUAAGUGUUGUUGAUUCUGAAAAGAAACCAGAGAAGAGUGAAGCCACUCUUACUGAUAUCCCCAAAUCUAUGGUUGGAGUUGCCCAAGAGCAUAUCACUGAAAAUAUCGUAUCUGAUAUCAAGGAUGUUAGUGUAGAAGAAAUAAGUGUUGUUGAUUCUGAGAAGAAACCAGAGAAGAGUGAAGCCACUCUUACUGAUAUCCCCAAAUCUAUGGUUGGAGUAGCUCAAGAACACGUCACUGAAAAUAUUGUAUCUGAUAUCAAAGAUGUCAGUGUAGAAGAAAUAAGUGUUGUUGAUUCUGAGAAGAAACCAGAGAAAAGUGAAGCCACUCUUACUGAUAUCCCCAAAUCUAUGGUUGGAAUUGUGCAAGAACAUUUGACAGAAAAUGGUCUUGCUGAUAUUACUGAUGUCAGUGUUGAAAAAGUCAGUGUUGUUGAUUCUGAAAAGAAACCAGAGAAAAGUAAAGCAACUUUGACUGAUAUCCCCAAAUCUAUGGUAGGCUUUGUACAAGAACAGGUAUCAGAAAAUGGUUUAUCUGACAUUUCUGAUAUUCCUUUUGAAAAAGUAACUCUUAUGGAUGAUAAACAAAAACUACCUCUUAAUAUUUCACAAUCUGAUAUAACUGUUAUACAAACUGGUACUUUGUCUGGCACAGAUACCCAAGACAUGGUUUCAGAAAUCAGUAAGAGCCAAAAGGAUACAGUGACUGCUUCUGAAUCAAUUACUGAUAAACACAAAACUCAGGUUGCAGAAAUGAGUACAGUAGAAAUAUUGGAAGACAAAACAGAUAUAACUGAAAAACAACCUACUGAAGAUGUUGAAGCUGAAUUUAGCCUUACAGAAGAGGAAACCUUUGUUGAUGCAAGCUUCAAGCUGGAGGAGGAAAAAGAAACCCCUACAGUUCAAACAGCUGAAGAUGCUGAGUUUAGUUUAAUGCUUGAUAGUACUGAAAAGAAACCACUCGAUACUGAAGCAGUUUUCAAGUUGGAAGAAGAGAAACCAGUUGAUACUGAAGUUGCUUUCCAGAUUGAAGAAGAGAAACCGGUUGAUACUGAAGUCGCUUUCCAGAUUGAAGAAGAGAAACCAGUUGAUACUGAAGUCGCUUUCCAGAUUGAAAAAGAGAAACCAGUUGAUACUGAAGUAGCUUUUCAGAUUGAAGAAGAGAAACCAGUUGAUACUGAAGUCGCUUUCCAGAUUGAAGAAGAGAAACCAGUUGAUACUGAAGUCGCUUUCCAGAUUGAAGAAGAGAAACCAGUUGAUACUGAAGUCGCUUUCCAGAUUGAAGAAGAGAAACCAAUUGAAGAAGAGAAACCAGUUGAUACUGAAGUCGCUUUCCAGAUUGAAGAAGAGAAACCAGUUGAUACUGAAGUCGCUUUCCAGAUUGAAGAAGAGAAACCAGUUGAUACUGAAGUCGCUUUCCAGAUUGAAGAAGAGAAACCACGUGACACAGUUGAUACUGCUGAAACCUUCAAAUUAGAAAUACAAGAUAAAGAAGUUGAAGACAUUUCAGCUGACUUCGUCUUUGAGGAGAAACCAAAGAAAAUGGCAGUUGAGGAUGUGGAAACAGACUUUAUAUUUCAACAACCAACAGCAGAAGAUGUUAGUACAGAUAUGUCUUUCACUCUCCCAGCUGAAGACAAAUCUAAGGAAGAUGUAGAAUUAUCUGCAUCAUUUGGUAUUGAUACCUCUGAAGAUGUGACUGUUGAAGACACUUUCAUUUUACAAGAGGAACAAGAUCUACAAGAUGUUACUGCUGAAUUUACAAUUGCUCCUUCAUUCACCAAAAAAUUGGAUGAUAAACAACCAGAUGAAGGAACUGAUGUUCAGUUUACUGUCAUGACUGAAGGAGCUCCAAGUCCUGAAAUAACAUGGUACAAAAAUGGUGUUCAAAUUAAACCAUCUGAACAUUUCACAAUUGAAAGUUCUGAAACCACUCAUACAAUGACCAUCCAUAAAGUUACAAAACAAGACACUGCUGAAUAUACAUGUAAAGCAACUAACAAUGUUGGUUCGUCUUCAACUUCAUGUAAAGUCAAAGUCACAGAGAAAAAGGACCUAAAGAAGAAACCAGUCCUUGAAGAGGUAUUUAACUCAGCCUCUUUCAAAGUUAGUGACAGUAUGGAAUUGAAGUGCAAAUUCAGUGGUGAACCAAAGCCAACUGUCAAGUGGUUUAAGAAUGGAAAAGAAAUCAGGCCAACCACACUUACCAAAAUUAUUCAAGAUGGUGAAGUGUGUACUUUAAAAACCAAUAAAUUCACAAAGAAUGAUGUUGGUGUUUACAAGUGUGUUGUCACAAACACUGCUGGUUCUGUUGAAUGCGAAGCUACUAUUACACUUGAUGAAGAAAAGCCUAAGGAACGCAAACCUGAAUUUGAAGAAAUCUUUACAUCAGCCAAUAUCAAAUUGAACGAACCAUUGGAACUGAAAUGUAAGGUAACAGGUGAACCAAAGCCUACCAUUAAGUGGUUUAAAGACAACAAGGAAAUCAAACAAACCUCUCUCACCAAAAUUAUUCAAGAUGGCUCAGUAUACACUCUGAAAACUAACAAAUUCACUAAGAAUGAUGUGGGUGUUUACAAGUGUAUUGCUACAAACUCCACUGGUUCUGUUGAAUGUGAAGCAACAAUAACACUUGAUGAAGAAAAGCCUAAGGAACGCAAACCUGAAUUUGAAGAAAUCUUCACAUCAGCCAAUAUCAAAUUGAAUGAACCAUUGGAACUGAAAUGUAAGGUAACAGGCGAACCAAAGCCUACCAUUAAGUGGUUUAAAGACAACAAAGAAAUUAAGCCAACAUCACUUACCAAGAUUGCUCAAGAUGGCACUAUAUGUACUCUAAAAACCAGUAAAUUCACUAAGAAUGAUGUGGGUGUUUACAAGUGUAUUGCUACAAAUUCCACUGGUUCAGUUGAAUGCGAAGCUACUAUUACACUUGAGGAAGAAAAGCCUAAGACACGCAAACCUGAAUUUGAAGAAAUCUUCACAUCAGCCACUAUCAAAUUGAAUGAACCAUUGGAACUGAAAUGUAAGGUAACAGGCGAACCAAAGCCUACCAUUAAGUGGUUUAAAGACAACAAAGAAAUUAAGCCAACAACACUUACCAAAAUCACUCAAGAUGGUACUAUAUGUGUAUUAAAAACAACUAAAUUCACUAAGAAUGAUGUCGGUGUUUAUAAGUGUGUUGCUACAAAUUCCACUGGUUCAGUUGAAUGCGAAGCUACUAUCACACUUGGGGAAGACAAACCAAAGGAAGCCAAACCAGAACAGAAGAAACCUGAAUUUGUAGAAGUUCUUCAACCAACUAGCAUCAAAAAUGAAGAAAGUUUGAAUUUGGUGUGCAAAGUUACUGGUGAACCCAAACCGACCAUCAAAUGGUUCAAAGACAAUGUUGAAAUUAAGCCAACUAUUAAAUAUAAGAUGUCACAAGAGGGAGAUGUAUGCACUUUGAAAAUGGCUAAAUUUACUAAAGCAGAAGCAGGCCUUUAUAAAUGUGUUGCAACUAAUCCUGCAGGAACAACAAGUUGUGAAGCUUCAGUUACCUUAUUUGAACAAGCUCCAGAAUUUGUUAAAGUCCUUGAACCAGCUACUGUGAAGACAAAUGAAGUUGUAGAACUGACAUGUGAAGUCACUGGUGAACCUAAACCAACAAUUAAAUGGUUUAAAAAUGAUAAGGAGAUUAAAAACACUUCCAAAUCUCCAAUUACUCGCCAAGAAAAUGUUUGCACCUUGAAAAUACCUACAUUUACAAAACCAGAAGCUGGUAUAUACAAAUGUGUUGCUACUAAUUCAGCUGGCUCAGCAGAAUGUGAAGCUACAAUCAAUCUAUUUGAGCAAAAGCCAGAAUUUGAAGAAAUUCUUCAACCUGUGACUCUGAAGGCUGAUGAACCAUUGGAGCUUAAGUGCACAGUAAUUGGUGAACCCAAACCAACUGUUAAAUGGUUUAAAGAUAACAAAGAAAUUAAGAAUACUUCCAAGAAUAAAAUUACCAUGGAUGAUAAAGUAUGCCACAUGAAAGUACCUAAGUUUACCAAAGCAGAGGCUGGAAUAUACAAAUGUGUUGCUACAAACUCAGCUGGCACUGCUGAGUGUGAGGCAUCUGUUGUUCUCUAUGAACGCAAGCCAGAAUUUGAAGAAGUAUUGCAGCCAGUGACAAAGAAAGCUGAUGAAGAGGUAGAAAUGAGAUGUAAAGUAACUGGUGAACCCAAACCUACAGUGAAAUGGUUCAAGGAUGGCAAAGAAAUAAAGACUUCUUCCAAAUAUAAAAUCUCAACAGAGGAAGAUGUUUGCAUUUUGAAAAUACUAAAAUUUGCAAAACCUGAUAGUGGUGUAUACAAAUGUGUUGCAACUAAUUCCGCUGGUUCAGCAGAAUGUGAAGCACCUGUUAAUAUCUAUGAAGUAAAACCAGAAUUCGAAGAAGUCAUUCAACCUUCCGUGCUGAAGGUUAAUGAAGAGUUAGUGUUGGAAAGCAAAGUUACUGGUGAACCUAAGCCUACUGUGAAAUGGUUCAAGGAUGGCAAAGAAAUAAGAAACACAUCUAAGAGUGUUAUAACUCAAGAUGGGCAACAGUGCACUCUGAAAAUACCAAAGAUUUCAAAGACAGAUAUUGGUCUUUACAAAUGUGUUGCAACAAACCCUGCUGGAUCUGCUGAAUGUGAAGCUCCUGUUUCACUUGAAGAAGAAAAACCAGCAGAAAAGAAACCAGAGGAAAAGAAACCAGAAGAAAAGAAACCAGAGCAGAAGAAACCUGUAUUUGAAGAGAUCUUCAGUUCAACAACCAUCAAGGUGAACGACAUUUUGGAAUUGAAAUGUAAGGUAACUGGUGAACCGAAACCUACCAUCAAGUGGUUUAAAGAUAACAAAGAAAUUAAGCCAACAUCUAUUACCAAACUUACUCAAGACGGCCAAGUGUGCAUAUUAAAAACCAGUAAAUGCACAAAGAAUGAUGUUGGUGUUUACAAAUGUGUUGCUACAAACCCUGCUGGAUCUGCUGAGUGUGAAGCUACUAUAACACUUGAGGAAGAAAAACCAAAAGAAAAGAAGCCAGAGCAAAAGAAACCAGAAUUUGAAGAGAUCUUCCAAUCAGUAUCCCUUAAACCUAAUGACGUUUUGGAACUGAAAUGCAAGGUAACUGGUGAACCAAAACCUACUAUUAAGUGGUUUAAAGACAACAAAGAAAUUAAACCAACAUCACUUACCAAGCUCACACAAGAUGGCCCUGUAUGUGUACUAAAAACCAGCAAAUUCUCCAAGAAUGAAGUUGGUGUUUACAAAUGUGUUGCCACAAAUCCUGCUGGUUCUGCAGAAUGUGAAGCCACCGUUUCACUUGAAGAAAAACCAAAAGAUGAGAAGAAGGAACCAGUUGAAAAAGCUAAAAUUCCACCUAAGUUUGAAGAUGUCACAGAAUCUACUAAAAUUAUGGAAGAUCAACCUUUUGAAAUAAAAUGUAAAGUAACUGGUGAUCCGAAACCCACAAUCAAAUGGUUUAAGGAUGAUAAACCAAUUACAUCAACUGCUGACAUCAAAAUAUCUCAAGAUGGCACUACUUGCAUUAUAAAACUUCCCAAAACAAAGAAAGAUCAAAGUGGAACAUAUAAAUGUGUUGCCACAAAUGCUGUUGGAACUGCAGAAUGUACAUGCACAGUUACUGUUGAAGAAAAAACAGAGGCACCAGUUUUUACAAGGAAACUCACAAAGAAAGACUGCAGGGAAGGGCGGCCAUUUUCCGUCGAUGUUGGUGUUAAAGGUAUACCUUUGCCUGAGGUUACCUGGUAUAUAAAUCAAAAGCUUAUUGAAUCUAAUGAAAGGUUCAAACUUGAAACUAAAAAAGCUUUCUCAGACAUUCAGCAUACACUAAGGAUUGAUGCAGUUGAACUUGAAGAUGCAGGCAUUAUUAAAGCUGUUGCCAAAAAUAUUGCUGGUGAAGCAGAAACUGAAGGAGAAUUUAUUGUAGAAGAAAAGAAAGAAACACCCAAGUUUAUCAAAAAGCUUGAAAAUUAUGAAAUUGAUGAAUUAGAAACUUUCAGCAUGGAAGUUAUUGUAAGCGGCAAACCUAAGCCUAAUGUUGUCUGGCUCAAAGGCAAUAAAGAAUUGACUGAAGAUGACAACAUAAAGUUUUUGGUUGAAGAUGAUAAGCAUACAUUGCAAUUUAAGUAUGUUUCUACAGAUGAUGCCGGACUGUUUACUGCUCGAGCUGUAAAUUCUGCUGGUCAAAUGGCUUGUAAUGGCCGUUUGAAAGUUAUCCCUGUUAAGAAGCCAUCCUUUGUCAAGAAACCAGUUGAUAAAUUGGUACCUGAAAAUGGUUCAGUUACAUUUGAAUGUAAAGUCAGUGGACAACCAUCGCCUACUGUUACUUGGUACAUCAAUGAUAUGGAACUCAAAGAAAGUGACAUUAUUCAUUUUGAUUCUCCAAAGAAAGAUGAAUAUACUCUUACCAUUGAUAAAGCUAGCCCUGAAUUGAAAGGAAAACUGAAAGCUGUUGCAACCAAUAGAGGAGGAGAUGCUUCUGCUGAAGCCAAGAUUGAUAUUAGAGGCAGAGCACCAGAGUUCAUUGAAGUACCUCAGAAAUGUACAAUUUUGGAAGAUGGUACCACAGAAUUCCGUUGCAAGAUUGCUGGUGAACCUAAACCAACAAUUGAGUGGUCUAAAGGAAAAUGGAUGAAACUUCAAGAUGGUGGACGUAUUAAAAUCUAUUAUGAUGAAAAAACAGGAGAAGAGGUUAUGAAGAUGGAAAAAACCAAAACUGGAGAUGCAGGUACUUACACUGUAACAUUAACCAAUGAGCAUGGAACAGAAUCUGCACCAGCAACUCUUAUUGUAACAGACAAGGAAGAGGAGGAAACAGAUUGGAAGGCCGGCUUAAAACACAGGGAGCAAGAAGAACGAGAAAUUGAAGAAGAUGCUGGCUUUGAUAUUAACCUUCGUAAGGUUGAACUGGAAGAACAAGAGCUGACUAAAACUGAUACCACCAAACGUACUAUGGAAAUUGAAGCAGAUGAAGUAACAUAUGAUCUAAAGAAGAGAGAUAUGCCUGAAUUGGAUGAAUUCAAAGACAAAACAUAUGAUAUUGAAAAACGUGAAGACAUUGAGUUAGCUAAAGUAGAUAAGAAACCUGGAAAGGAUGAAAAAGAGAAAGAUAAAAAGAAACCUGAAGACAAAUAUGCAAAGAAACCAAAAGAAAAAGAUGCUGCUACCAUAGAAGAGGGUGGUUUCAAGACUGUCAAGAAAACGUGGAAAUGGGUGAGACCAUUAGAAAAUGUGGAAGUAAAAGAACGAGAAUGCGCAACAUUCGAAUGCGAACUAUUUGUUGCUGAUGUAAUUGUGUCUUGGAAAAUACAUGAUGAAGAAAUUGAGGCUAGUCCUAAAUAUAACUUCAAAGCUAAUGGAAAAGUUCAUACUAUGGUUAUUUCCAAAUGCCGUCCAAAAGAUGAAGGUGCUGUGUCUUGCGCCUAUGGCAGUAUUAAGACUGAAGCCAAAUUGUCCGUAGAACCUGUUCCUCCUGAUUUUGUUGAUGUCAUUAAAGAUUUAACUGUUCCUGAAAAAGGUGAAGCUGUUUUCCAAUGCAAAACAAAUGACGAUGAAGCUGAAAUUGAAUGGUUCUUAGAUGGUAAACCUGUAUCUAAGAACACUAGGUAUAAAAUUGAGUGGAAUCGUUUCACUCAUACCCUUACCAUUAAGAACGUCGUUCCAACUGAUGAGUGUGAAGUAACUGCAAAAUUGCUUGAAAAAGAAUGCCGAGCUAAGUUAACAGUUACAGCAUUACCUGCUAAGUUUGUUCAGAAGAUUCGAGAUAAAAGUGUUAAAGAACUUGGCAGAACAGAGUUUUCAUGUGAAGUAUCUAGACCUGGAGCUCCUGUCAAAUGGUUUAUAGGUGGAAAGGAAAUCAGCAGCGAUGAUGAUCGUUAUGAAAUAGUUGCAAAGGGAACAAUUCAUAAAUUGAUCAUAAAAGAAGCAAAGUUCAGUGAUGCUGGUACAGUAUUGGCAUGUGUUGAUAAUGAUAAGACAUCUGCUAAAUUGAAAGUCGAAGAUCAAUUUAUUCCAGACACACCUUUGGUAUUCAUUAAAGAAUUGAAUAAUGUGGUUGUCUAUGAGAAACAAGAAUUGUUUACUCUUGAUGUUACAAUAUCUAAGCCUCAACCCAAAGUGACAUGGUAUUUUAAAAAUAAAGAAAUCAUGAAUGAUAAGAGACAUGAAAUUAAGUGCACGAAUAAAGAGAAAACUGCUUUUGAACUCGUUAUUUACAAUGUUGAACUUUCUGAUGAUGGAUUAUAUAGUUGCAAGGCUGGCAAAUUAUCAACACAAGGAGUUGUUACUGUUAAGGAAGAAGAACUUGUAUUCACCACUGACAUGGAGGAUAAGACAAUCAAAGAAACUGAGUCAGCUGAGUUUACUUGUGAGUUAAACAAACCUAACAAAAAGGUUCAAUGGAUGAAGAAUAAGAAGACUCUUAAAUCAAGUCACCGUAUUACUAUGUCUACAGACAAGUGCAUCCAGAAAUUAACUAUUACAGAUGCUGUUAUGGAUGAUCAAGAAGAAUAUACAUGUGUCUUACCAAAUGGAAAUGAAGUGUCUGCUAAAUUGACAGUCAUAGAACUUCCAGCAACAUUUAAAACAAAUCUGAAGGAUGUAACUGUGAAAGAAAAGCAAACUGCUACCUUGAAAUGCGAAUUAACAAAGGAAAAUGCAACUGUUAAAUGGUUGAAGAAUGGAAAAGAAAUCACACCGAGUGAUCAUUUUGAAAUUAUCACUGAUGGUUUCCAACAGAAGCUUAUAAUACAUGAUACCACACUAGAUGACAAAGCAGAAUAUACCUGUGUUUGUGGGGAUGUUUCAACUAAAGCUACCUUGACUAUUGAAGAACUUCCUGCUGCAUUCAAGAAACCGUUGAAUGAUGUUCAUGUGACUGAAAAACAAGAAGCUAUAUUAGAGUGCCAGGUUACAAAACCAAAUGCCACCAUUAUAUGGAAAAAAGAUGGCAAAGAGAUUAAACCUAGUGACAAAAUCAAAUUUGUCUCUGAUGGUUCUACUCGCCAAAUUAUUUUUACUGAAGCAGCUCUAAUGGAUGAAGCUGAUUAUUCUUGUUGUAUUGGGGAUGUGGAGACUACAGCCACUCUCUUUGUGGAUGAAGAACCAGUUCAGUUCCUGAAACCACUUAAAGAUAUCAAAAUUAUGGAGAAAGAGAAAGCUGUCAUGGAAUGUGAAAUUAACAAACCAAAUAAAAAGGCAGUUUGGAAGUUUGAAAAAGAAAUCUUUAGUGGUAGUGAACGAGUUGAACUUGUUGUGGAUGGUUGUGUUCACAGAAUGAUCAUUGAACCCUCUGAACUUGAUGAUGAAGGGGAGUAUACUAUUGUGGUGGAUGGUGUAAAAAGCUCUGCAAUUCUAACGGUUGAUGAAGAGCCAUUAGAAUUUUUGAGUCCUCUAAAAGACCAAGAGGUUAUGGAAAAUGAUGACAUUCUCUUGGUAUGCGAGGUAUCCAAACCAAAUGUGACUGGUUGUUGGAUGAAAGCAGGAAAAGUUAUUGAAAAGGACUCGCAUUUCAACUUCACAGUUGAAGAAAAGAAACAUACUUUAAUUGUGCAAAAAGCACAGCUUGAUGAUGAAGCAAAUUAUGAAUUCAAAAUAAUGAAUAAAUCCACAAAAGCUUUUGUAAAAGUGAAAGAGGGUGAAGUCAAAUUCAUCAAAGAACUUGAAGAUCAAACCGUUGAAAAGAUUCCUGGUGAAGCCACUUUCACAUGUGAGAUAAAUCGUCCUAAUUUGAAAGCUCAAUGGUUCUGUAAGGGCAAACCUAUUACACCAAAUAAAAAAUAUGAAAUUGUUGUUGAAGGCUGUGUGCACAAAUUAAUCAUAAAGGGUGUGAAACCUGAAGAUGUUGCUGACUAUAGCAUGACUGUUAAAGACAAAACUACAAAAGCUGCUCUAUCUGUUGAAGUUGCUCCUGAGUACACUUUGGCUGAUAAAUACAAGGAAGUUAUUACUAUUAAAGCUGGUGAAAAUACAUCUGUCUCAAUACCAUUUUCUGGCUUUCCUAUUCCGAAAGCCACUUGGCUCCAUAAUGAUAGUGAACUUGAUAAAACAAGGAUACUGGUUGACUCUUCUGCAGAUGUUACCAAGAUAAAUUUCAAAAAUGUUAAAAGGUCAGAUUCUGGUGAAUACAAACUCUGCUUAGAGAAUUCUGCUGGAAAAGUUGAUGUCACUAUUACAUUAAAGGUUCUAGAAUUGGUCUAUAUUUUAGACAAGCCAGGUCCAGUCCGUGACCUUCAAGUCAAAGAUGUGUUGGCUGAAUACAUGACACUAACAUGGCAAGUUCCUGAAGAUAAUGGAGGUAGUUCAAUCACUGCUUAUAUUGUUGAAAAGAGAGAAGAAAAUCGACGAAUGUGGCAAGAAGCAGGUGAAUCAGUAAUAUUGGAACAUGUUGUAGAAAAUCUUCGAGAAGGAAACAAAUAUCUCUUUCAAGUUGCUGCUAAAAAUAAGUAUGGUAUUGGAGAUUUCGUCGAAAUUCCUGAGCCUGUUCUUGCAAGGCAUCCAUUUGAUCGUCCUGAUGCACCUGAUGCACCAACUGUUACAGAUGUAUUUAAAACAUCUGCAAAAGUAAGCUGGACCCCUCCAAAGGAGGAUGGUGGAUCACCUAUAAUUGGAUAUCAUUUGGAGAAAAUGUCAGAUCUUAGCCCAAGGUGGAUUCGUAUUAACAAAGAACCAACUUCAAAUCUUGAUAUGCUUUUGAAUGAUCUGGUAGAAGAUUCUUCAUAUCAAUUUAGGGUAGUUGCUGUCAAUAAGGCUGGUGAAAGUGAACCCAGCAAACCAUCCAGUCCUGUUAAGAUGCAAGAUCCUUGGCAUAAACCUUCUAGACCUGAUACACCUCUGGUUGUGGAAACAGAUGAUACAUCUGCUCUGUUGAAAUACUCACCACCUACUGAUGAUGGUGGUAGUCCUAUAUUUAAUUAUGUCAUUGAAUAUCGUCUUGCUGGCUCAGUGAAAUGGACCCAAGCUAAUAUCGAUAAAAAGGUUCCAGAACUCACCUAUAGAGUACAGAAGUUGAAAAAAGGUUCAGAAUAUGAAUUCAGAAUUGCUGCUGAAAAUCGUGCUGGUGUUAGUGAAUUUUCACCACCAACAGAACUGACCAAAAUUGAAAAACCAAUUGUUGGAAAACCACCCAAAAUUCUGGAACCUUUGACUGAUGUCACAUUUGUUUCACCAAAUGAUGCUUCAUUAGAAUGUACUGUUGAUCUUGGAGAACCUAAGGCUGAAAUAAAAUGGUUUAAAGGUGAUACUGCCAUCAAAAAGAAUUCUAAAUAUGAGAUGAAUUAUGAAGAUGGUAUUGCUACUCUUACUAUUCAUAAAACCGAACCAUCUGAUACUGCUGUCUAUUCAUGCAAAUUUUCUAAUGCUCUUGGAAAAUGUGAGACUAAAGGAAAACUAACCAUUCACACUCAUCCACAGCUUGAAUAUGACAACCGUCUGCAAAGUACUCAAAACUUCAAGGUUGGAUCUUCAAUAGUUAUCUUAGUUAAUGUUUCCGGUAUUCCAACUCCCACUAUCAAAUGGUUGUUGAAUGAAAAAGAGAUUGAAACAUCUUACUCUCUUAAUAUCGAAACAACAGAAAAAUUCUCUCGAGUAACUAUUAAAAAUGCAGACACUAAAGAUGGUGGAGUAUACACCAUUGUGGCUGAAAAUUCAGUUGGAAAAGCUGCUGCAGAUUUUGAAAUUCUUGUUAAAGGUAAACCAUCAAAACCACAAAACCUCAAGGUUAGUGACGUGCAGAAAACUUCUGUUACAUUUUCAUGGGAAGCACCAAGUUCUGAUGGUGGAAGUGAAAUCACUAAAUACAUCAUUGAGAAACGUGAUGCUAAGCGUUCUACAUGGACACCUGUAAGCACUGUAGAUGGAACUACAUUGUCACUCGAAAUUAACAAACUCACUGAAGGAGUAGAAUACUUCUUUAGAGUUGCUGCCGAAAAUAAAAUUGGACAAAGCGAUUUUGCUGAAACUGAAGAACCAACGGUACCCAAACUGCCAUUCUCUGUUCCUGAUGCUCCUAUCAAUGUCCGCAUGACUGAAGUGACAAACUGCUCAGUCAGCUUGGCCUGGGAACCUCCAAAGAGUGAUGGUGGUUCACCUAUUAUAGGUUACAUAAUUGAACGUAAGCAGCCAUCAAGUAACAGAUGGAUUAAAGCUAAUAAAACUGCUGUGCCAGAACUAAACUACACAGUUACAGAUUUGGUAGAAAAUGAUACUUAUGAAUUCAGAGUAUCUGCUGAAAACCUUGCAGGUGUUGGAAAACCAUCUAAACCAACUCCACCUAUUACUGUUAAAUUUCCAUUUGGUAAACCAUCAGCUCCUGGCAAACCUGAGAUCAUUGAUGUAACUCGUGACUCAAUGACAUUAAAAUGGCUGCCUCCUGACAGCAAUGGCGGAAGUCCUAUAACUAACUACAUUGUUGAAAUGAGGGUAGCAGGGUCUGCUAAAUGGAUGUGUGCUUCACAAAAUGUACAUAUACCAGAUACAAGCUUUGUUGUUAAAGGCCUAACAGAAGGGUUGGAAUAUGAAUAUCGUAUUAUUGCUGAAAAUAAGGCCGGCCCAAGUCCACCAUCACAACCUUCCAAGAGUGUUGUUGCAAGAGAUCCUAUCAUUGGAGAUCCUCCAUUGGUUGUGGAACCAUUAAAAGACACUGCAGUAUUUGUUGGAGAAACAACUGUACUGGAAUGUAAAAUUACUGGUGAACCUACACCAAACAUCAUUUGGAUCAAAGAGAAGAGGGAGAUAUCUGAAUCUAAGAAAUUUGAUUUCUUCUACAAAGAUUCAUUUGCUAAUCUCACAGUCAGGGACAUGUCAGACAAAGAUGCUGGUACCUAUACAUGCCAAGCAAAGAAUGCUCUUGGAGAGGCUUCAACAUCAUGCAACCUCACUAUUCAACAAACUCCUAAGCUAGAGUAUGAUAACAAAUUCAGAGACUUGAUUCGUCUUCAUGUUGGUACAAACUUACGAAUCCCUGUUAAAGUGACAGGCAUUCCAAAACCAGUACCAACUUGGGCUAAAGAAAACAAACCUAUGAAAUCACAAGGUAGAUGUACAUUAGAAACCCUUGAGAAUGUUACAACACUUUUAAUUAAGAAAGUUACUCGGGAAGAUGAUGGAAUGUUCACAUUGAAAGCUAUCAAUGAUGUAGGUGAAGAUUCAGCAACAUUUGAUGUUGAAGUUAUUGAUAUCCCUAGUCCACCAACUUCUCCUAUCACAGUAACAGAUGUUGACCAUGACAGAGCAACUAUUCACUGGAACCCACCAAAGGAUGAUGGUGGAGCUGAUAUUACUAGCUAUAUCAUUGAACGACGAGAUGCUGGAAGAAAUAUGUGGACUAAAGUUGGUAGUGUUGCUGGUGGGAAAACCAGCUUUACAGACACUAAAUUGCAUGAAGGCAAUGAAUAUUACUUCCGUGUUUCAGCUGAAAAUGAAGUUGGUAUAUCAGAACCCAAUGAAAUGGACAAGACAGUUACUGCAAAAAGUCCUUUCGGCAAACCUUCAGCUCCUUUGGGACCACUGAUUAUUACCAAUGUUACACAAAAUUCUGCUGAUUUAGAAUGGAAACCACCUAAGGAUGAUGGCGGAUGUCCCAUCACCAAAUACUUGAUUGAGUAUAAGCCAGUUACUAGGACUACUUGGAGUAAAGCUGGAAGUGUAAAUGGUAACACUACAACAUUUACAGCUUUAGAUCUCAUUGAAGGAACUGAAUACUUAUUCCGGGUUAUAGCUGUUAAUGAUCAAGGGCAAAGUCCACCUUUGGAAGCUGAAGCAACAAUCAAACCUAUGAAAAAGAUGAAUCCACCUGAUCCACCAGUCAACCUUAAAGGAACAGAUGUUGGUAUUGAUUAUGUUGUAUUAUCAUGGGAACCACCAUUGAAAGAUGGUGGCAGUCCUUUGACUAACUAUGUUCUGGAAUUAUGCGAAGAAAAAUCUGAUGUUUUUGAGAAGAUUGGCACAACAAAAGCAUUCAAUCUCACUUACCGAGUAAACAACCUUAAAGAUAUUGGCUAUUACUUUGCUGUUUCUGCACAAAAUGCAGUUGGGGUCAGUGAACCUUGUGAAACAAGAGAUGCAAUUGUUCCCUCUAGGCCACCAUCUGCUCCAUCCAGUCCACUUGGUCCACUUAAUGUCACUAAUAUUCAAAAGACAUCUGUGGAUCUUGAUUGGAAGCCUCCAAAAGACACUGGUGGUUCACCAAUUACCAGUUACAUUGUUGAAAAGAAAGACAAAUAUGGCCGAUGGACUAUUGUUGAUGAAGUUGAGGGAAAUAUUACCAAGCUUCAUGUGCCAAGACUGACUGAGAACACAGAAUAUUUCUUCAGAGUUACUGCUGUUAACAAAAUUGGAAAAAGUCCUCCUUUGGAAAGUGAGGCAGUUACUCCCAAGAGUCCAUACUCUGUUCCAUCAGCUCCUAUUGGACCUUUGGAAAUAAGCAAUGUCACUAUAAACUCUGCUGAUCUUGAAUGGAAGAAACCUAAAAGUGAUGGUGGUCUUCCUAUCACAGGUUAUAUUAUUGAAAACAGGACAGCAACCAGAUCAACAUGGGGAAAAUGUGGCAAUGUUGAUGGUAAAACAUUAACUUUCACUGCAACUGGUUUGCUGGAAGAUACAGAAUACAUUUUCCGUGUUAGUGCUGUAAAUGAUGAAGGUGUCGGAGCUCCUCUUGAAGCUACUGAUACAACCAAACCAACUAGAAAAAUUGAGCCUCCUGGUCCACCAAUCAAGUUUACUGUUGACAAAGUUGGUGCAGAUUUUGCUACUCUGCAAUGGAAGGCACCAAAAGUUGAUGGAGGUUCCAAGGUUACAGCUUACCACUUGAAAAAGAAAAUAAAGGCAACUGGUGAUUGGGAGAAAGUGGCCACCACUAGUGAAUUUGAAUUGACCUACAAAGUUAAAGGCCUCAAGGAAAAUGUUGAGCAUUACUUCUCUGUAUGUGCUGAAAAUAGUGCUGGUGUUGGUCCAGCGGCAGAAACAGAGAAAGUAGUACCAAAAAGAGAACCAACUGCCCCUGGCAAACCUGUGGGACCUAUUGAUGUCAUUGAUGUCCAACGAGAUAACAUCACAAUUCAGUGGAAAAUGCCUGAAGAUGAUGGUGGUUCUCCCAUCACUGGCUACAUAGUAGAAAGGAAGGAACCAGCUCAAAUGAAAUGGCAACGAGUUGAAAAAGUGGAUGAAAGUACUACAAAAUUACGUUGCCCAUACCUUACUGAGAAAACAGAAUAUCUGUUUAGAGUAAUUGCUGUCAAUAAGAUUGGCCAAAGUGAACCUUUAGAAACCAAAGAUACUACUCUUGCAAGAAGUCCAUUUGAUGUUCCUUCAAAACCAAGAGGACCUCUUGAGGUAACUGAUGUUACAUCAAACUCUGCUGAUCUUCGAUGGAAACCUUCAGAAAGUGAUGGCGGAACACCAAUUACUAGCUAUAUCAUUGAGUAUAAACAAGCUUCACGAUCAUCUUGGUCUAAAACUGGCAGUGUUGAUGGUAAAUCUACAACAUUUACAGUGCCUGAUCUAUCAGCAGGAACAGAAUAUCAGUUUAGAGUGAUAGCAGUCAAUGCAGAAGGUAAAAGCGAGCCAUUGGAGGCUGCUGAUACAACCAUUAUUAAAAAGAAAAUUGCCCGACCAGGACCACCGAUUAAUUUGAAACCAACUAAAACGGGUGAAGAUUUCAUUGAACUUGAGUGGCAACCACCUAAGAAUGAUGGUGGAUCAAAGAUCACCCAAUAUAUUCUUAAAAAGAAACACAAAGCUAGUGACAAAUGGGAAGAUGUUGCCAAAAUUGAUGAAUAUGACAGGAAGUAUAAACUGAAAAAUGCUGAACCUGAUACUGAUUACUAUUUUGCUGUUUUUGCUGAAAAUGAAGCUGGAAUAAGCGAUUCAUGUGAAUCGAAAAAGAUCACUCUUGUGAAAAAGCCAAAAGUCCCAUCAAUGUGUGUUGGUCCCAUUGAAGUUACAGAUGUCAAACGUGAUGCCAUAUCUAUCAAAUGGAAAGAACCUGAAAAUGAUGGUGGUUCACCAAUUACAGGCUAUAUCAUUGAAUAUAGAGAAGAAUCUAUAACAAAUUGGACAAAGGCUGGCAAAGUCAAUGACUCCACUUUAACCUACACUGCAACCCAUCUUACUGAGAAAACCAAAUAUCAUUUCAGAGUGAUUGCUGUUAACAAAGUUGGCCAAAGUCCUCCUUUGGAAACAAAGGAAGCAACCUUAGUUAAAAGUCCUUUUGAUUGCCCAUCAAUUCCAAUUGGUCCUCUUGAGAUCAAAAAUGUCACCACAAAUUCUGCUGAUCUUGAAUGGAAGCCACCCAAAGAGGAUGGUGGUACACCUAUUACAAGUUACAUUAUUGAGAUUAAACCUUCAUAUUGCACUGGAUGGAAAAAACUCAGCAGUGUAAAUGGAAAAACAACAACUUAUACUGCAAUGGCCCUUGAAGAAGGUACUGAGUAUUGGUUCAGAGUCAUUGCUGUCAAUGCAGAAGGACAGAGUCCUCCACUGGAAGCAGAUGAUGUAACAAAAUGUACAGCACGUAUAGGACCACCAGGUCCGCCAGUUAAUUUGGAGGUUGUCGAAGUUGGAAAAGACUUUGCUUCAAUCACCUGGUCACCACCAAAACAGAAUGGAGGUUCUCCUGUAACACAUUACCACAUUUUCAAAAGAAUUAAAAGAACUGGAGAUUUGGUGAAAGUUGAAACAGUUGAUGCUUUUGACACAAAAGCCAAAAUACCUAAACUGCAAGAGAAUGUUGAACAUUUCUUUGCAGUCUCUGCUGAGAACAAAGCUGGUAUUGGUAAAGAAGCAAUCACAGACAAAGCAGUUAUUCCUAAGGCUGCCGCAACUGUACCUUCACCACCUCUUGGACCUAUUGAAGUCACUGAUGUUCAGCGAAACUCUAUCAGCAUCAGAUGGAAAGCCCCCAAAAGUGAUGGCAAUUCACCUAUCACAGGCUAUAUAAUUGAAAAACGCCCAGCAAACAGUACUGUAUGGACAUCAGUAGAUAAAGUUGAUGAGAUAACUUUUGACUUGUGUUGCAAAAAACUAACUGAAAAGACUGAAUACUUCUUCCGGGUAUUUGCUGUAAACAGUGUUGGACAAAGUGAGCCAUUAGAAACAAAAGAAGCAACUCUUGCAAAGAGUCCAUUUGAUGUUCCAUCUGCACCAAUUGGUCCUCUGGAAAUCAGUAACGUCACUGAAAGCACUGCUGACUUAGAAUGGAAAGUUCCUAAAUCUGAUGGUGGCACUCCCAUUAUUAACUAUAUCAUUGAAAGUAAAACACUAACAAGAACUUCAUGGUCAAAAUGUGGUACUGUAGAUGGCAAAACAUUGACAUUUACAGCAACUAAACUUUUAGAAGGAACAGAAUAUCUUUUCCGUGUCACUGCAGUGAAUGCUGAAGGUCAAGGCCCCUAUUUAGAAGCAACUGAUACUACAAAACCCACAAAGAAAAUCCAACCUCCCAGUGCACCUGUUAACUUCCAUGCUGACAAAAUCGGACAAGACUUUGUCACCCUGCAAUGGAAAGCACCAAAAGAUGAUGGUGGAUCUAAAGUUACAGGUUAUCACUUGAAAAAGAAAAUACGUUCUACUGGUGACUGGGAAGAUGUUGCAUCUCUUAAGGAAACUGAUUUCACAUACAAGAUUAAAGGUCUCAAGGAAAAUGUUGAUCAUUAUUUCUCUGUGUGUGCUGAAAAUAGUGCCGGUGUUGGCCCAACUGCAGAAACCAAGAAAAUUGUGCCACAAAGAGAACCAACUGUACCAGGAAAAUGUCAAGGCCCUAUUGAAGUCACUGACGUUCAAAGGGAUUCUAUUAGCAUUAAAUGGAAGGAACCUGAAGACAAUGGUGGUUCUCCCAUUACUGGUUACAUUAUUGAACAACGAGAAAAUUCAAGCACAGUCUGGACUAAAGCUGGAAAAGUUGAUCAGUUUACUACUGCACUUUGUUGCAAGUAUCUGACUGAGAAAACUGAAUAUCAUUUCCGAGUUUUUGCUGUUAAUAAAAUUGGAAAGAGUGAACCACUUGUAACCAAAGAUGCUACAUUGGCUCGAAGUCCAUUUGACGUUCCUUCUAAACCAAAAGGACCUUUGGAAAUCAGCAAUGUUACACAUGAUUCUGCUGAUUUAGAAUGGAAACCAUCUGAAAGUGAUGGUGGUACUCCAAUCACCAAUUACAUCAUUGAAUUUAGGCCAACUGAUAGCAAAACAUGGGUCAAAUGUGGUACUGUAGGCCCUGAUGUAACAAAAUAUACUGCUUCAGAUCUAAUUGAGAAUACUGAAUAUUUGUUCCGAGUUGUUGCAGUAAAUGCUGAAGGACGCAGUGAGCCUUUAGAAGCUAAAGAUGUCACGAUACCUCGGAAGAAGAUAAGUCCUCCUGGCCCACCAAUUGAUCUCAAACCUUCUAAAGUUGGUGCUAACUUUGUAGUUUUGAAUUGGUCUCCUCCUAAGUCUGAUGGAGGAUCUCCUAUCACAGAAUACAUCAUUAAAAAGAAAGAGAAGAAAGGUGAUUGGGAAAUUGAAAGCACUGUUUCUGAUUAUGACACAUCAUUGAAAGUUAACCGUCUGAAAGAAGAAGUACCAUAUUAUUUCUCUGUCUUUGCAAAGAAUAAAGCUGGCAUCAGUAUACCCUGUGAGAUGGCAGAACCUAUUAUUCUGAAAAAGGAACCAACUCCACCUUCCAAACCUGUUGGACCUAUUGAAGUUAUUGAUGUUCAAUGUAACUCUAUAACUAUCAAAUGGAAACCUUCAACUCAGGAUGGAGGCUCACCUAUUACAGGUUAUAUUGUUGAGAAGCGAGAAGAGAAUAAGACUUAUUGGUCCAAAGUAGAGACUGUUGAUUCAAACACUACACAGCUUUGCUGUCCAAAUUUGAGAGAGAAGACAUCCUAUCAUUUUAGAGUAAUUGCAGUGAAUAAAAUUGGUCAGAGUGAGCCACUAGAAACAGAAGGAGCUACUUUAGCUAAGAGCCCAUUUGAUGUUCCAUCAGCACCUCUGGGACCACUAGAAGUUACAAAUGUAACUAUGAAUACUGCAGAUCUUGAGUGGAAACCACCAAAAUCUGAUGGUGGUUCUAGCAUUACUGAGUAUCUUAUUGAAGUAAAAACUGUCGGCAGAUCCACUUGGUCAAAAGCUGGCACUGUGGAUGGUAAAACUACUCAAUUUACAGUUAAAAAGCUAAUUGAAGAUACAGAAUAUUUGUUCCGUGUUAUUGCAAUAAAUGCUGAAGGGAAGAGCCCUCCACUUGAAGCAACAGACAUUACUAAGCCAACUAGAAAGCUCUCACCUCCUGGUCCUCCAAGAUCAGUUGAACCAACUAAGGUUGGAGAAGAUUUUGCUGUAAUUGAAUGGCAUCCACCUAAAAGUGAUGGUGGCUCUCCAAUUACAAAUUAUAUCCUAUUCAAGCGAGAGAAGAAAACAGGUGAUUUUACAAAAGUAGUUACCCUGAAAGAAUUUGAUUCAUUUUAUAAAAUACCAAAUCUUAAGGAAAACACAGAGUACUAUUUCGCUGUUGCAGCUGAAAAUAAAGUUGGCCAAGGUGAAAUUGCAGAAACAGCAAAACCAGUUAUACCAAAGAAGGCAGCAACAGUACCAGGCAAAUGCAUUGGACCAAUUGCUGUGACAGAUGUUCAGCGUAAUUCAAUUAGCAUUAAAUGGGAACCUCCAAAGGAUGAUGGUGGUUCUCCAGUGACUGGCUAUACUGUAGAAAAACGAGAAGCUUCAAGCUCCAAGUGGACUAAAGUUAGCAAAGUUGAUGAAUUAACAACUCAACUAAAGAUUGGAAAUCUUACAGAAAAAACUGAAUACUAUUUCAGAGUAACAGCUGAAAACAAAGUUGGAAAAGGACCACCAUUAGAGACUAAUGAUGCCACUCUUGCUAAAAGUCCUUUCAACCCACCUUCUAUUCCUAUUGGCCCACUUGAUGUAGAUAAUGUCACUCGUAACAGUGCUGACCUUCACUGGAAAGCACCUAAAGAUGAUGGUGGAUCACCAAUAACAGGAUACAUAAUUGAACACAAGGUAGCUUCCAGAUCCACUUGGACAAAGUGUGGUACAGUUGGUGAAAAAGUAAAAGAUUUUACAGUUUCUGGAUUAUCCGAAGGCACUGAAUAUAUCUUUGGUGUCAUUGCUGUCAAUGCUGAAGGACAAAGCCAACGUUUAGAAGCUACUGAUGUUACUAUCCCAACUAGAGUACCAGUUGUUCCAGGACCACCACAGAACUUCAAACAUACUAAACUUACAGAAGAUUAUUGUUUAGUAAGUUGGAAUCCACCUGAAAGUGAUGGCGGUUCCAAAAUAACUGAUUAUAUUAUCAAAAAGAAAGAAAAGAAAACUGGAAGCUGGACUGAUGUAACAACAGUUAGUGGCUAUGAAAAUUCUUGUAAGGUGCCUAAUUUGAAAGUGGGUGUGGAGUAUUACUUCUCUGUCAGUGCUCAGAAUAAAGUUGGCAUUGGAAAGGCUGCUGAAACACAAAAGCCCAUCAUCCCACGAAAGGAUGCUACUGCUCCAUUUAAAGCAACAGGUCCUAUUGUGGUUGUUGAUGUCCAAAGGAAUAGCAUUACAAUUAAAUGGUUGCCACCAAAAGAAGAUGGUGGUUCACCUUUGACAGGAUAUCUUAUUGAGAAGCGAGAAGCUUCCAGUAAGGUAUGGUCGAAGGUUGAUAAAGUUGCUGAUUUCAUCACUCAGUACUGUGUGAAGGAUCUUGAAGAAAAAACAGAAUAUCAUUUUAGAGUAAUUGCUAUUAAUGAAGUUGGACAAAGUGAACCUCUUGAAACUUCUGAAGCUACAUUGGCUAAACACAAAUAUGAUAUUCCAUCAAGUCCAAGAGGCCCACUUAUUGUUGAUAAUGUCACUCACAACUCAGCAGACCUUUCUUGGAAACCUCCUGAAAGUGACGGUGGUUCUGACAUCAUUAGUUAUAUUAUUGAAGUCAGUUCAACUGAUCGUCCAUCGUGGACAAGAUGUGGUGUUGUAGCUCCUGAUAUAACAAAGUUCACAGCUCAAAAUCUGACCGAUGGCACUGUGUAUCUUUUCCGAGUCAGUGCAAUAAACUCAGAAGGAACCAGCAGGCCACUUGUUGCUCUUGAUGAAACCAAACCAGUGAAAGAUUUGUCCCCACCUGGACCUCCUACAAAUUUGAAACCUGUGAAAAUUGGAACCAACUUUGUAGACUUAGAAUGGUUACCACCAUUGAGAGAUGGUGGUUCUAAGGUUACCAAAUAUAUCAUCAAGAAGAAAGAAGAUGACAAAUGGACUAAAGUGACAACUGUUGAAGCUUUUGAUAAUUCUUGCAGAGUUAAAGACUUGAAAGAUGAUACUAAGUGUUAUUUUGCAGUUUUUGCUGAAAACAAGAUUGGCUUAAGUGAACCCUGUGAAACUAAGCCUGUUAAACCUCAAAAAGAAUUACUUGCACCUUCAAUACCAAUUGGUCCAAUUUCUGUCAUUGACGUCCAAAGAAAUUCAAUUACUAUUAAAUGGAAAGCACCUAAGGAUGAUGGUGGUUCUCCAAUCAUUGGUUACUUGGUUGAGAAACAAGAAGCAUCUCGUAACAAGUGGUCUAAAGUUGAUCGAACCAGUGCUUCAACUACAGAACUCUGUUGCAAGAACCUUAUUGAGAAAACUGAAUAUUAUUUCCGUGUCUUUGCUGAAAAUGAAAUUGGACAGAGUCCUCCAUUGGAAACUGAAGGAACAACUCUUGCUAAGAGUCCUUAUGAUGUUCCAUCUCCACCAGUAGGACCAUUAAAUAUCAGCAAUGUUACAUUUAAUAGUGCUGACUUAGAAUGGAAACCUUCUGAAAAGGAUGGCGGGACACCUAUUACUAAUUAUAUCAUUGAAUACAAGACUUUAGACAGAACCACAUGGUCUAAAGCAGGAUCAGUUGAUGCACAUACCACAACAUACACAGCAAAAGAUCUCUUUGAAAAUACUGAAUAUCUAUUCCGAGUCAUUGCUGUCAAUGCAGAAGGCCGCAGUGCUCCUUUGGAAGCUACAGAUAUUACAAAACCAACAAGAGAUCUAAAACCUCCAGAGCCUCCUAUUGAUUUAGUUCCAACUAAAGUAGGAGAAGACUAUGCUUCUUUAGAAUGGAAACCACCAAGGAAUGAUGGUGGCAGUCCUAUUACAGGCUACAUCAUUCAGAAAUCAGUCAAUAAACCUGACAACUGGAGUAAAGUUACAAAAGUGGGUCCCUAUGAAACAUUCUGUAAAGCAGUUUCUCUCCAGGAUGGCAUUGAAUACUACUUCUCAGCAAUUGCUGAAAACAAAAUUGGAUUGAGUGAACCAUGUGUGAGUCCAAAACCUGUGAUACCCAAGAAAGGCCCAACUAUUGCUGCUAAACCGGAAGGACCUCUGGUGGUCACUGACGUUCAGCGUACUUCCAUUAGUAUUAAAUGGAAGCCUUCACCAGAUGAUGGUGGCUCUCCCAUAACAGGUUACAUUGUUGAGAAACGUGCUGCAUCAAGCACGUUCUGGAACAAAGUUUCCAAAGUCAAUGCAUCCACUUUUGAAUUGUGCUGUCCAUAUCUAAAAGAGAAAACUGAAUAUUAUUUCCGAGUUAUUGCUGAAAACAGAGUUGGAGAGAGUGCUCCUUUGGAGACCAAAGAUGCUACUCUUGCAAAGAGUCCAUUUGAUGUUCCUUCAAGCCCACAGGGACCACUUGAAGUUGAUAAUGUAACUUAUAAUUCUGUUGAUCUUACAUGGAAAGCACCAAAGAGUGAUGGUGGCAAACCAGUAACUAGUUACAUCAUUGAAUACAAGCAAGCCUCACGUACAUAUUACACUAAAGCUGGAACUGUGGAUGGAUCAACUCUUACUUUCUAUGUUCCAAAUCUAAAUGCAGAUACUGAAUAUUAUUUCCGUGUUAUUGCUGUGAAUGAAGAAGGUCAAAGUCAACCACUGGAAACUUCUGAUUACACUAAAUUACCCAAGAAAGUUGAUCCUCCAGGUCCACCAAUUAACUUGAAAUCAACAGCAGUUGGUGCUGAUUUCACUAUUUUGGAAUGGAAACCACCUCGUUCUGAUGGUGGAGCAAAGAUAACACACUAUGUCAUUCAGAAGCGUGAGAAAAAGAGUGAUGAUCGCCAGAGAGUUUCAUCUGUCGAGAGCCACUUACUUACUGAUAAAGUUACUGGCCUUAAAGAAAAUGUUGACUAUUACUUCUCAGUAUGUGCAACAAACACUGUUGGAACGAGUGCGCCAUGUGAUAUGGAUCAACCUGUCACUCCUGUGAAAGAACUCCAAAAACCUUCAAAACCAAAAGGUCCUAUUAAAGUGUUUGAUAUCCAGAGAACUUCAAUGGGCAUUACUUGGAAAUAUCCAGAUAGUGAUGGUGGUUCACCUAUCACAGGGUUUAUUAUUGAGAAAAAAGAAGCCAAACGUCAAUAUUGGAGCAAUGUUGCUACAGUUCAAUCUGAUAUAACUUCUUAUUGUGUUCAGAGCCUUUCAGAAGGAACUGAAUAUGAAUUUAGAGUUAUUGCAGUCAACAAAAUUGGUCGCAGUGAUCCAUUAGAGACUGAUGGAGCCACACUUGCAAAGAGCCCUUACAAUGUUCCUGGACAUCCUAAAGGACCAUUACAAGUAACUGCUGUGUCCCAUAAUUAUGUGGAUCUUGAAUGGAAAGCUCCCAGUGAAGAUGGAGGACAACCUAUUACUAAAUACAUUAUUGAAUAUAAAUCUGCCUCUCGUUUAACCUGGAAUAAGGCUGGAGAGGUUGAUGCAAACACUCUUGAAUAUCGUGUUACGAGUUUAGUUGAGGAUACGGAAUACUACUUCCGUGUUAUGGCAGUAAAUGCAGAAGGAGAGAGUCCUCCACUAGAAACAGCUGAUGCAACAAUUCCAAGGAGAGAAAUAUCACCUCCUGGACCUCCAUUAAAUUUCACAACAACCCAAGUUGGAAAAGAUUUUGUUUCCUUACAAUGGAAACCACCAAAAGAAAAUGGAGGUUCAAAGGUAACAAAAUACAUCGUCCAGAUGAGAAAAUCAAAGAAAGAUAACUGGGAACGUGUCAUGACAGUUGAUUCUUUUGAACAUAGUUGGAAAGUGACUGAUCUUACUGAGAAUGUUGGUUACUACUUCGCUGUGUGUGCUGAAAAUAAAGCUGGUACUGGACCUUUAGCAGAAAUUUCAGAUAUCAUUACACCAAAGAAAGAAGCUGGUUUGCCAUCUCCUCCUAUUGGACCACUUGAUGUGUUUGACAUUAAACGAACAUCAAUCAGCAUUAAAUGGAAGCCACCAGCUGAUGAUGGUGGUUCUCCUAUAACUGGAUAUUCUAUUGAGAAGAGAGAAGCUUCUCGUUCUUCCUGGAGUAAAGUUGAAAAAGUGAGCGAUCAAGUGACAGAGUUCUGCUGCAGAAACCUAAUUGAGAAAACUGAAUACUUCUUUAGGGUUAUUGCUCACAAUUCUGUUGGUGCUAGUAAACCUUUGGAAACAUCUGGUGCAACAUUAGCCAGAAGUCCUUAUGACGUCCCAUCUGCACCUGUUGGUCCUCUAAUUAUUGACAAUGUAACAGAAAAUUCUGCUGAGCUUCAAUGGAAACCACCAGAGAAGGAUGGAGGUUUGCCUGUGGUUAACUAUAUCAUUGAAUAUAGGACAGCUACUAGGACAACCUGGUCUAAAUCUGGAACAGUUAGUGGAACAACCACAAAAUAUACUGUUAAAGACUUGCUUGAAGAUACUGAAUACCUUUUCCGAGUCAUUGCUGUUAAUGAUGAAGGCCCAAGUCAACCACUGGAAGCAACAGAUAUUACCAAACCAACUAGGAAAAUAUACCUACCUGGGCCACCUGUUAAUUUGAGAGAUUCCAGAGUCGGUGAAAACUUUAUUGAGAUUGAUUGGAAUCCUCCAGAAAAUAAUGGAGGCACACCAAUUACAGGUUAUAUUGUCAAAAAGUCUCAAGAUAAAUCAACUUGGACAAAGGUUGCUUCAGUUAAUGCAUAUGAAACAUAUUGCCGAGCAAGUAAAUUACCUGAAGGUCAAGAAUUUUAUUUCCAAGUUUCUGCUGAAAACAAAGUUGGUGUUGGUGAACCUUGUGAAAGUAAACCAAUCUCAACUAAGAAGGGAGCAACUGUUCCAUCCAGACCGAUUGGUCCAAUUACUGUAACCGAUGUCCAGCGAGAUUCCAUAAGUAUCAAAUGGAAAGCAUCUCAAGAUGAUGGUGGUUCACCAAUCACAUCUUAUAAUGUUGAGAAAAGGCCUACUUCAAAUAGGUACUGGUCUCAAGUUGCUAAAGUGGAUAAUUCAACUUUCGAAUUAACUUGCAAAGGUCUGAAAGAGAAAACUGAAUACCACUUUAGAGUUAUAGCUGUCAACAAAAUUGGAGAAAGUGAACCACUUGAAACCAAAGAUACCACUUUAACUCGAAGUCCAUUUGAUGUUCCAUCAUGUCCAGUUGGACCUUUAGUUAUUGACAAUGUUACACACGAGAGUGCUGAUCUUAAAUGGAAUCCACCAGAAAGUGAUGGUGGUAGUCAACUCCUUGGAUAUAUUAUUGAAUCCAGAUUAGCUUCACGAACAUUCUGGAGCAAAGCAGGAACUGUUGAUAGCAAAACAACCAAAUUCAAAGCAACUAAUUUGAUUGAAAAUACUGAAUACUAUUUCCAAGUCAUUGCUUACAAUGCAGAGGGCAAUAGUAAACCACUGGAAGCAAGUGAUGUUACUAAACCAACAAGAAAACUAGCACGACCUGGUCCACCUGUUUAUUUGAGGACAACCAAAGUUGGACAUGAUUUCACUGUGCUAGAAUGGAAAGCACCAGUUUAUGAUGGUGGUUCAAAGAUCACUAACUAUAUUAUCCAGAAACGUGAGAAACCAGAUGAGGAACGCAAAGAUAUCGAUACAGUUACUGGUCACGAACUCAGUAGCCACAUUAAAGGACUCAAACAAGAGAUUGAUUAUUACUUCUCAGUUUGUUCAAAGAAUAAAAUUGGUGUCAGUGAUCCUUGUGAUGCUGAACAACCUGUUACUUUGAAGAAAGCAUUAGAUAAACCUGGUCCACCAAAAGGUCCUAUUAAAAUCUUUGAUGUCCAAAGAACAGCAAUUGGUAUAUCUUGGAAGUAUCCUGAGAGUGAUGGCGGUAGUCCAAUCACUAACUUCUUAGUUGAAAAGAGACAAAGUGGAAGAGAAUAUUGGUCUAAUGUUGAACAGGUUCCUCAUGACAUUACCAGUUAUAUGGUGCAGAACUUGACAUCAAAUUGUGAAUAUGAAUUUAGGGUCAUUGCUAUCAACAAAUUUGGACACAGUGAACCACUGGUUACAGAAGGUGCAACUUUAGCAAGAAGUCCAUUUGAUGUACCAGCACGUCCAAGAGGACCAUUACAAGUUAUUGACGUAUCUCAUAAUUAUGUUGAUUUACAAUGGAAAGCACCAGAUACUGAUGGAGGCAGUCCAGUCACUAAGUACAUUAUUGAAUUUAAGUCAUCAUCCCGUUUGAGUUGGCACAAGGCCGGUGAAGUGGAUUCAAACACUCUUACAUACAGAGUAAAUGAUCUACUGGAAGGAACUGAGUACUAUUUCCGUGUGAUUGCUGUCAAUGCUGAAGGAGAGAGUCCACCUUUAGAAACAUCAGAUGCAACAGUUCCCAGAAGGGAAAUUGAACCUCCUGGACCACCAGCUGAACUUAAACCAACUAGGAUUGGAAAGAACUUUGUUGAUCUCAGCUGGAAACAACCAAAAGAUGAUGGUGGUUCAAGAAUAACGAAGUAUACUCUUAAAAAGAGAAAAGAUAGAAAAGAUGAAUGGCAGCAUAUUGUCACUUUAGAUGCUGUUGAAAAGAGCUGGAAAGUCACUGAACUGGAAGAAAAUGUUGGCUACUAUUUUUCUGUAGCUGCUGAAAACAAAGCUGGAAGAGGGAAAAACAAAGAGCUUAUUGAGGUUAUUGUUCCUCAAAAAGAAGCUUCUGUUCCUUCCAGACCAAGAGACUUUGAAAUUGUUGAUGUGCAGCGCACAUCAAUCAGUAUUAAAUGGAAAGAACCUAAAGAUGAUGGUGGUUCACCCAUUACUGGCUACAUUGUUGAAAGGAAAUAUCCAAAAUCUAAGGUUUGGAGUCGUGUUGAUGAAGUUGAUGCAUCUACAUUGAAAAGCACUUUGACUAACUUAUAUGAGAAAGCUGAAUAUAUGUUCAGAGUGACUGCUGUUAACAAGAUUGGAAACAGUUCACCUCUUGAAAGUGAUGGACCAAUCGUUGCAAAGAGUCCAUUUGAUAUUCCAUCUCCACCCAUUGGUCCAUUGGUUAUUGAUAACGUAACCCAAAGUACAGCUGACCUGCAUUGGAAGGCACCUGAAAGUGAUGGUGGUACACCUAUCACUAGCUAUAUCAUUGAAUAUAGAACAAUUACCCGAACAUCAUGGUCAAAGGCUGGAACUGUUGAUGCAAAAACUACUACAUUUACUGUGGAAGAUCUUAGUGUUGACACUGAAUAUUUCUUCAGAGUCAUUGCCACUAAUUCUGAAGGCAAUAGUGCACCUUUGGAAUCCAGAGAAAUUACCAAACCAAUGAAAAAAUUAUUACCACCAGGUCCACCAGUGAAUUUCGAAGCAAAUAGAGUGGGACAGAAUUUCGUUGAUUUACAAUGGAGUACCCCACUCUCGGAUGGCGGGUCUGCAAUUACAGAAUAUGUUGUCCAAAAGUCAUCACCUAAAAAGGAUGACUGGACCAAAGUUGCCUCUGUUUCUUCUUACCAGACUUAUUGCCGUGCAAGCAAUCUGUCUGAAAAUACAGAUUAUUACUUUUCAGUGGAAGCCGUUAACAAAGUUGGCAAAAGUGAACCAUGUGAAAUGAAAAAUGCAGUAACUACUCAGAAAGGAUUGCUCUGUCCAUCAAGACCUAUUGGACCACUUAAAGUUACAAAUAUUCAACGCAAUUCUAUGACAUUGACAUGGAAAGCCCCAGAAGAUGAUGGUGGUAGUCCUAUUACUGGUUACGUUGUUGAAAAGAAAGUUGCUUCAAGUAAAUAUUGGUCAAAAGUGGAUAAAGUGUCUGAAAAGACUCUUUCAUUACCUGUAAGUCAACUUGAAGAGAAAACUGAAUAUCACUUUAGAGUGAUUGCAGAAAACAAAAUUGGUCAGAGUGAACCUCUGGAGACAAAGGAUGCUACUCUAGCAAAGAGUCCAUUUGAUGUCCCAUCACGACCUAUUGGGCCAUUAGAAGUAACAGAUGUUACCAGUAAUUCAGCCAAUUUAAGUUGGAAAGCACCAGAAAAAGAUGGUGGUAGUCCACUUAUUAAUUAUAUCAUUGAAUACAAAUUGGCUUCAAGAACAUUCUGGGCUAAAGCAGGCACAUGUAAUGCAAAAUGUACCACUUUCAAUGUCACAAAUUUGAUGGAAGAUUCAGACUACUUCUUCCGUGUUAUGGCUGUUAAUAAAGAAGGACAAAGCUUGCCAUUGGAGACUCUUGAUUCUACAAGACCAACUAAGAAACUCAAUGUACCAGAUGCUCCAAUUUACCUCCGCUCCACAAAGAUUGGGUCAGACUAUGCUAUUUUAGAAUGGAAACCACCAAUACACGAUGGUGGCUCAAGAAUUACUCAGUACACGCUUAAAAGGCGAGAAUCACCCACUGAUGUUGCCACUGAUGUUCUUUCCGUUAGUGGACGUGAACAUGUUGCAACAGUGAAAGGGCUCAAGCAAAGCAUCAACUACUACUUUUCAGUCGUUGCUGAAAAUAAAAUUGGAUCAAGCAAACCAUGUGAAGCGGAUGAUGCAGUGACAUUAUCAAAACCACUUGAUAAACCGUCAAUGCCACGCGGACCACUGAAAGUCAUUGAUGUCGAAAGAACAUCUAUUUCGAUUGCUUGGAAACAUCCAGAAGACGAUGGAGGAUCUCCGUUGACUGGAUUUAUUAUUGAGAAGAAAGAGGCUAAUAGAAAGUACUGGAACCUGGUGGAACAAGUACCACCAGCAGUUACAAGUUAUUCUGUUGAAAAUCUUACACAGAAUACUGAGUAUGACUUUAGAGUUAUUGCUGUAAAUAAAAUUGGUCAGAGUGAACCUCUGCAUACUGAUGGUACCACAAUGCCUAAGAGUCCAUUCAAUGUACCAGGACGUCCUAAAGGUCCAUUGGAAGUCAUUAAAGUUUCCUAUGAUUACGUGGAUCUUGAAUGGAGAAAUCCUGACAGCGAUGGUGGUAGUCCUAUUACGAAGUAUAUAAUUGAAGUCAGAAAUGCCUCACGCUUAACAUGGCAUAAAUCUUCAGAAGUUGAACCACACAUUACUGUAGCCAGAGUUCAAGGCUUAAGUGAAGGAACUGAGUACUACUUCCGUGUGAUUGCUGUUAAUGCAGAAGGAGAAAGUCCACCCUUAGAAACAACUGAGACAACAAAACCAACUAGGGAAAUAGUUCCUCCAGGACCUCCUAUCAACUUACAUGCUACUAAGAUUGGCUGUGACUUUGUGCAACUUGAAUGGCGACCACCAAGAGAUGAUGGUGGCAGCAAGAUUACAAGAUAUAUUGUACAACAGAAGAAAAAUCGCACUGAUGACUGGACUCGUGUUACAUCAGUGGAUGGUGUGGACACAUCUAAUCUCGUUACCAGUUUGAAAGAAGGCACUCCUUACUACUUCAGUGUUUUUGCUGAAAAUAAAGCUGGACCUGGAAAACUCUGUGAAACUACAGAUGCUAUUGUGCCAACCCGGGAAAUGAGUGUUCCUUCUGCACCAACUGGACCUCUUGAUAUCAUUGAUGUACAACGAACUUCCAUCACAAUCAAAUGGAAGUCACCUAAGAAUGAUGGUGGCACACCAAUUGUUGGUUACAUAGUAGAGAAAAAGCAUCCAUCAUCAUUCCUUUGGAAUAGAAUGGAACAAGUUACAGCAAAUACCUUGCAGUAUUGCUGUGAAAAGCUGUUUGAGAAAACUGAAUAUUUGUUCCGAGUUAUUGCUGUAAACAAUGUUGGAGAGAGUGUUCCUCUGGAAGAUGAGGGAGCAACAUUAGCACGAAGUCCUCGUGAUGUUCCAUCUCCUCCUGUUGGCCCAUUAAUAAUUGAUGGAGUCACAGAGCAUACAGCAGAUCUUGAAUGGAAACCUUCCGAAAAAGAUGGUGGCUCUCCUAUUACAGGUUAUCUGAUUGAAUAUAGAUCAGUAACCCGAAGCACCUGGUCUAAAGCAGGUACAGUUGAUGCACAUACAACUAAAUUUACUGCUAAAGACCUGAUCCCAGGAACAGAAUACUAUUUCCGUGUAAUAGCCGUGAACUCUGAAGGAAACAGUCGACCUCUUGAAUCGAAAGAACUAAUAAAACCAAUGAAGAAAUUAACUAUUCCUGAUGCUCCAGUUAACUUACGAGCAGCAAGAAUUGGCGAAAAUUUCAUAGAAUUAGAAUGGAAUCCUCCAGUUAACAAUGGAGGUACUCCAAUCAGAACUUAUAACGUUGAAAUUUCCUCAGGAGAACCAGACAAAUGGGUCAAACUCACCAAAGUUUCUUCACUUGAAACUUAUUGUAAAGCAAUGAAGCUUGAUGAAAACAUGGAUUAUUUCUUUAGAGUCACAGCUGAGAAUGAUAUUGGUGUCAGUCCUCCAGCUACAACACCAAAAGCAAUUACAACUAAGAAAGGCCUGUUGGUUCCAUCCAAACCAAUUGGUCCUCUUACUGUUACCGAUGUCCAGCGUAAAUCUAUCAGCAUCAAAUGGAAAGCACCAUCUGAUGAUGGCGGUUCUCCUAUUACUGGAUACAUCAUAGAAAAACGUCCCGAGUCUGCUCGAUACUGGUCAAAGGUCGAUAAAGUUCGUGCUGACACCACAGAUUGUUGUGUUAGGGAUCUCCAAGAAAGAACCAUGUAUCACUUCAGAGUGAUUGCUGAAAACAAAAUUGGAGAGAGUGAACCUUUGGAAACUAGGGAUGCUACAAUGGCCAGAAGUCCAUAUGAUGUGCCAUCUGCACCAGUUGGUCCGUUGGAGAUCACAAAUGUCACCAAUAAUUCUGCUGACUUGAGCUGGAAACCAUCUGCCAAUGAUGGUGGUACACCAAUAACUGGAUACAUUAUUGAACACAGAGUAGAUUCCAGAACCUUCUGGACUAAAGCAGGCACUGUUAAUGAGAAAACUACCACAUUUACAGUACCAAAUCUUACAGAAGACACAAGCUACCAUUUCCGUGUCUUUGCUGUUAACGCUGAAGGACAAAGUAAACCACUUGAAUCUACUGAUGUCACAAAACCAAUGAGAAAGAUUGAACCACCAAGUCCACCAAUUUACUUCAGAGCUACACAAGUUGGUCCUGACUUUGCAGUCUUGGAAUGGAAGAAACCACUUUCAGAUGGAGGUUCUAAAAUCACCAAUUACAUCUUAUCUGAAAUGGGUGGUACAUCAUCUGAUGUGAAGACUAAAGUGAAAACUAUUUCAGCUUAUGAACAUAGUUGUCAUUUGAGAGACUUGAAACAGAAUUUGUCCUACUACUUCUGUAUUCAAGCUGAGAAUAAAGCUGGUCUAAGUCCUUACUGUAAUGCAGAAUAUGCAGUUACACCAAUGAGAUCUCUUGAAAAACCAUCGAAACCAAUUGGUCCUCUGAAAACCUAUGAUAUUGAGAAAACAUCUAUUUCCAUUUCCUGGAAAGCUCCAGAAGAUGAUGGAGGUAGUCCUCUCACUGGUUACAUUAUUGAGAAGAAAGAAGCUAAUAGACAAUACUGGAACAAUGUGGCUAAGGUAGCACCUUCAGUGACCAACUACCGCGUUGAGGAUCUGAGACAGAACUGUGAAUAUGACUUCAGAGUUACAGCAAUCAAUAAAAUUGGUCACAGUGAGCCAUUAGAGACUGAAGCUUCAACAAUGGCCAAGAGCUCUUUCAGUGUACCAUCUCGUCCUAAAGGACCUCUUGAAGUUACCAAGAUCUCUUAUGACUAUGUUGAUCUUGAAUGGAGAGCUCCUGACAGUGAUGGAGGCACUCCAAUCACUAAAUAUAUUGUUGAAGUAAGAUCUGCUGCACGCAUGUCUUGGAACAAAGCAGAAGAAGUUGAUGCCAAAUCUACUGUUGCCAGAGUUACAGGUUUAGUCGAGGGUACAGAAUAUUACUUCCGUGUGAUUGCUGUCAAUGAGGAAGGAGAAAGUCCACCCUUGGAGACAUCAGAAUCAACAAUACCAACAAGAGAAAUAAUGCCACCUGGACCUCCUGUUAAUCUUACGGCUACAAAGAUUGGUAAAGACUUUGUGAAUCUUGAAUGGAAGCAUCCUAAAGAUGAUGGUGGUUCUAAGAUAACAAAAUAUGCAAUAAAAUCAAGGAAAGACAGAAAGAGUGAAUGGCAAACUAUGGUGACUAUUGAUGGUAGCAGCCGAAGUUUCAGAGCAACACAUUUGAAAGAAGGCAUUGAAUAUUACUUUGCUGUCUGUGCUGAAAACAAAGCUGGUUUUGGCAAGAUGGCAGAGAUUUCUGAAGCUAUCAUCCCUCUUAGAGAAGCAACUGUACCUUCUAUACCAACUGGUCCUCUUGAUAUCACUGAUGUUCAACGUUCCAGCAUUAAUAUUAAAUGGAAAGCAUCAAAGGACGAUGGUGGUUCACCAAUUAUUGGAUAUAAGGUGGAAAAGAAACAUCCCAGAGCACUGUUAUGGAGCAGAGUUGAUCAAGUGGAUACCUCAACAUUUGAAAUGUGUGUCCGAAAUCUAUAUGAAAAGAAUGAGUACCUAUUUAGAGUCAUGGCCAUAAAUGCAAUUGGUCAGAGUGUCCCACUUGAGUCUGAUUCUACUAUACUCACAAGAAGUCCUUAUGAUGUACCAUCUCCACCUGUUGGGCCACUUGCUGUGUCAAAUGUCACCUACAAUUCAGCUGAUCUUGAAUGGAAACCAUCUGAAAAAGAUGGUGGAACACCCAUAACAGGAUAUUUGAUAGAAUACAGAACUGCUACUAGAUCUACAUGGUCAAAGGCAGCAACAGUGGAUCCAAAACAGACAACAUAUACAUGCAGCAAUUUGAUGGAAGGAACAGAAUAUUUCUUCAGAGUUAUUGCUGUCAAUGCUGAAGGGCACAGCCGUCCUUUGGAAUCAGAUUCUGUUAAACCAAUGAGGGAGCUUGCACUACCAGGACCACCUGUCAAUGUCCGAGCUAGCAGAGUUGGUGAAGACUUUGUUGAACUUGAGUGGAAUCAACCAAAAUCAGAUGGAGGAACACCAAUUACUAAAUACCAUGUUGAAAUAUCUCCACAUAAAUUAGGAAACUGGACUAAACUGGCAACUGUUGGAGCUUACGAUACAUUCUGUAAAGCUACUAGACUUGAAGAAGAUAUGGACUACUAUUUCUCUGUAUGUGCUGAAAACAAACUUGGAAAAGGUGAAGCUACUGAAACAUCGAAACCUGUCACUACAAAGAAGGGACUUUUAAUUCCAUCCAAACCAAUUGGUCCUCUUACUGUUACCGAUGUCCAGCGUAAAUCUAUCAGCAUCAAAUGGAAAGCACCAUCUGAUGAUGGCGGUUCUCCUAUUAUUGGAUACAUCAUAGAAAAACGUCCCGAGUCUGCUCGAUACUGGUCAAAGGUUGAGAAAGUUCGUGCUGACAUCACAGAUUAUUGUGUUAGGGAUCUCCAAGAAAGAACCAUGUAUCACUUCAGAGUGAUUGCUGAAAACAAAAUUGGAGAGAGUGAACCUUUGGAAACUAGGGAUGCUACAAUGGCCAGAAGUCCAUUUGAUGUGCCAUCUGCACCAGUUGGUCCAUUGGAGAUCACAAAUGUCACCAAUAAUUCUGCUGACUUGAGCUGGAAACCAUCUGCCAAUGAUGGUGGUACACCAAUAACUGGAUACAUUAUUGAACACAGAGUAGAUUCCAGAACCUUCUGGACUAAAGCAGGCACUGUUAAUGAGAAAACUACCACAUUUACAGUACCAAAUCUUACAGAAGACACAAGUUACCAUUUCCGUGUCUUUGCUGUUAACGCUGAAGGACAAAGUAAACCACUUGAAUCUACUGAUGUCACAAAACCAAUGAGAAAGAUUGUAAAACUUGAGAGACAUUAUUCUAUCAUUGUGUACUGUUUUGUAUUUUUAGAAAAACCAUCGAAACCAAUUGGUCCUCUGAAAACCUAUGAUAUUGAGAAAACAUCUAUUUCCAUUUCCUGGAAAGCUCCAGAAGAUGAUGGAGGUAGUCCUCUCACUGGUUACAUUAUUGAGAAGAAAGAAGCUAAUAGACAAUACUGGAACAAUGUGGCUAAGGUAGCACCCUCAGUGACCAACUACCGCGUUGAGGAUCUGAGACAGAACUGUGAAUAUGACUUCAGAGUUACUGCAAUCAAUAAAAUUGGUCACAGUGAUGCAUUAGAGACUGAAGCUUCAACAAUGGCCAAGAGCUCUUUCAGUGUACCAUCUCGUCCUAAAGGACCUCUUGAAGUUACCAAAGUCUCUUAUGACUAUGUUGAUCUUGAAUGGAGAGCUCCGGACAGUGAUGGAGGCACUCCAAUCACUAAAUAUGUUGUUGAAGUAAGAUCUGCUGCACGUUUGUCUUGGAACAAAGCAGAAGAGGUUGAUCCUAAAUCUACUGUUGCCAGAGUUACAGGUUUAGUCGAGGGUACAGAAUAUUACUUCCGUGUGAUUGCUGUCAAUGAGGAAGGAGAAAGUCCACCCUUGGAGACAUCAGAAUCAACAAUACCAACAAGAGAAAUAAUGCCUCCUGGAAUUCCUGUUUCUUUCAUGGCUAAUAAAGUGGGCAAAAACUUUGUUAAUCUUCAAUGGAGACAUCCUAAAGAUGACGGUGGUUCAGCUAUUCUCAAAUAUAUUAUUAGAAUGAGGAAAGAUAAGAAAUCUGAUUGGGUCAAACUGAUGACAAUUGAUGGUAAAGAAACAGCUUGCCGUGUACCUGACUUAACUGAGGGUACUGAAUAUUACUUCUCAGUUACUGCAGAAAACAAAGUUGGACCUGGAAAGUCUGCUGAACUUCCUGAAGCUGUUGUUCCAACAAGAGAAGCAACUGUACCUUCAUGUCCUACUGGUCCUCUUGACAUUACUGAUGUCCAACGUACUAGCAUCAGUAUUAAAUGGAAGGCACCAAAGGAUGAUGGUGGUUCACCAAUUAUUGCUUACAAUGUUGAGAAGAAGCAUACUAAAGCCCAUAUAUGGAGUAGGGUAGAUCAAGUGGAUGCUUCAACAUAUGAAAUGUGUGUUAAAGGCCUUUAUGAGAAGAAUGAAUAUCUCUUCAGAGUUAUUGCAGUCAACAAGAUUGGACAGAGUCCACCUCUUGAGACAGACGCAGCUACUUUAGCUCGUAGUCCAUUUGAUGUGCCAUCUCCACCUGUUGGCCCACUGGUUAUCUCAAAUGUCACCUACAACUCAGCUGAUCUUGAAUGGAAACCAUCUGAAAAUGAUGGUGGAACUUCCAUUACAGGAUAUUUGGUAGAAUACAGAACAGCUACCAGAACCACAUGGUCAAAGGCAGCAACAGUGGACCCAAAACAGACAACAUAUACAUGCAGCAAUUUGAUGGAAGGAACAGAAUAUUACUUCAGAAUUAUUGCUGUCAAUGCUGAAGGAUACAGCCAUCCUCUGGAAUCAACUGAUGUUACAAAACCAAUGAGGGAUUUGGCUCUACCAGGACCACCUGUCAAUGUCCGAGCUAGCAGAGUUGGUGAAGACUUUGUUGAACUUGAGUGGAAUCAACCAAAAUCAGAUGGAGGAACACCAAUUACUAAAUACCAUGUUGAAAUAUCUCCACAAACAUUAGGAAACUGGACUAAACUGGCAACUGUCGGAGCUUAUGAUACAUUCUGUAAAGCCACUAGACUUGAAGAAGAUAUGGACUACUAUUUCUCUGUAUGUGCUGAAAACAAACUUGGAAAAGGUGAAGCUACUGAAACAUCGAAACCAGUCACUACAAAGAAGGGACUUUUGAUUCCAUCCAAACCAAUUGGUCCUCUUACUGUUACCGAUGUCCAGCGUAAAUCUAUCAGCAUCAAAUGGAAAGCACCAUCUGAUGAUGGUGGUUCUCCAAUUAUUGGAUACAUCAUAGAAAAACGUCCCGAGUCUGCUCGAUAUUGGUCAAAGGUUGAGAAAGUUCGUGCUGACAUCACAGAUUAUUGUGUUAGGGAUCUCCAAGAAAGAACCAUGUAUCACUUCAGAGUGAUUGCUGAAAACAAAAUUGGAGAGAGUGAACCUUUGGAAACUAGGGAUGCUACAAUGGCCAGAAGUCCAUUUGAUGUGCCAUCUGCACCAGUUGGUCCAUUGGAGAUCACAAAUGUCACCAAUAAUUCUGCUGACUUGAGCUGGAAACCAUCUGCCAAUGAUGGUGGUACACCAAUAACUGGAUACAUUAUUGAACACAGAGUAGAUUCCAGAACCUUCUGGACUAAAGCAGGCACUGUUAAUGAGAAAACUACCACAUUUACAGUACCAAAUCUUACAGAAGACACAAGUUACCAUUUCCGUGUCUUUGCUGUUAAUGCUGAAGGACAAAGUAAACCACUUGAAUCUACUGAUGUCACAAAACCAGUGAGGAAGAUUGUAAAACUUGAGAGACAUUAUUCUAUCAUUGUGUACUGUUUUGUAUUUUUAGAAAAACCAUCGAAACCAAUUGGUCCUCUGAAAACCUAUGAUAUUGAGAAAACAUCUAUUUCCAUUUCCUGGAAAGCUCCAGAAGAUGAUGGAGGUAGUCCUCUCACUGGUUACAUUAUUGAGAAGAAAGAAGCUAAUAGACAAUACUGGAACAAUGUGGCUAAGGUAGCACCCUCAGUGACCAACUACCGUGUUGAAGAUCUGAGACAGAACUGUGAAUAUGACUUCAGAGUUACAGCAAUCAAUAAAAUUGGUCACAGUGAUCCCUUACAGACUGAUGCUUCAACAAUGGCUAAGAGCUCAUUCAGUGUACCAUCUCGUCCUAAAGGGCCCCUUGAAGUUACCAAGGUCUCUUAUGACUAUGUUGAUCUUGAAUGGAGAGCUCCUGACAGUGAUGGAGGCACUCCAAUCACUAAAUAUAUUGUUGAAGUAAGAUCUGCUGCACGCAUGUCUUGGAACAAAGCAGAAGAAGUUGAUGCCAAAUCUACUGUUGCCAGAGUUACAGGUUUAGUCGAGGGUACAGAAUAUUACUUCCGUGUGAUUGCUGUCAAUGAGGAAGGAGAAAGUCCACCCUUGGAGACAUCAGAAUCUACGAUACCUUCCAGAGAGAAAAUGCCUCCUGGAAUUCCUAUUGCUUUUAUGGCUUCAAGAAUUGGCAGGGACUAUGUCAAUCUUCAAUGGAGACAUCCUAAAGAUGACGGUGGUUCAGCUAUUCUCAAAUAUAUUAUUAAAACGAGGAAAGAUACGAAAUCUGAUUGGGUCAAACUGAUGACAAUAGAUGGUAGGGAAACAGCUUACCGUGUACCUGACUUAACUGAGGGUACUGAAUAUUACUUCUCAGUUAAUGCAGAAAACAAAGUUGGACCUGGAAAGUCUGCUGAACUUCCUGAAGCUGUUGUUCCAGCAAGAGAAGCAACUGUACCUUCAUGUCCUACUGGUCCUCUUGACAUUACUGAUGUCCAACGUACUAGCAUCAGUAUUAAAUGGAAGGCACCAAAGGAUGAUGGUGGUUCACCAAUUAUUGCUUACAAUGUUGAGAAGAAGCAUACUAAAGCCCAUAUAUGGAGUAGGGUAGAUCAAGUGGAUGCUUCAACAUAUGAAAUGUGUGUCAAAGGCCUUUAUGAGAAGAAUGAAUAUCUCUUCAGAGUUAUUGCAGUCAACAAGAUUGGACAGAGUUCACCUCUUGAGACUGAUGGAGCUACUUUAGCUCGUAGUCCAUUUGAUUUACCAUCUGCCCCAGUUGGGCCACUUGCUGUGUCAAAUGUCACCUACAAUUCAGCUGAUCUUGAAUGGAAACAAUCUGAAAAGGAUGGUGGAACACCUAUAACAGGAUAUUUGAUAGAAUAUAGAACUGCUUCCAGGACGACAUGGUCAAAGGCAGCAGUAGUAGACCCAAGACAAACAACAUAUACAUGCAGUAAUUUGAUGGAAGGCACAGAAUAUUUCUUCAGAGUUAUCGCUGUGAAUGCUGAAGGCCAGAGCCAUCCUCUGGAAUCGGAUGUUGUCAAACCAAUGAGACAUUUGGUUGUCCCUGGAGCUCCCGUCAAUCUUCAUGCAACUCGUGUUGGUGAGAACUUUGUUGAACUUGAAUGGAAGGAACCAAAAUCUGAUGGUGGCACACCAAUCACUAAAUACCAUAUUGCAAUAUCUCCAUUUAAACCAGGAAAUUGGACCAAAUUAGAUGCAGUUGAUUCUUAUGAUUUGUAUUGUAAAGCUAUUAAUCUUGAUGAAGAUAUGACAUACUACUUCUCAGUAACUGCUGAAAACAAGAUUGGAAAAGGUGAAACUACUGAGAUUUCUGAGGGUGUAACAACUAAGAAAGGACUAUUGGUUCCAUCCAAACCAAUUGGUCCUCUUACUGUUACCGAUGUCCAGCGUACUGCUAUCAGCAUCAAAUGGAAAGCACCAUCUGAUGAUGGCGGUUCUCCAAUUACUGGAUACAUCAUAGAAAAACGCCACGAGUCUGCUCGAUUCUGGUCAAAGGUUACUAAAGUCCGUGCUGACACCACAGAGUGUUGUGUUAGGGAUCUCCAAGAAAGAACCAUGUAUCACUUUAGAGUGAUUGCUGAAAACAAAAUUGGAGAGAGUGAACCUUUAGAAACAAAAGAAGCAACAAUGGCCAGAAGUCCAUUUGAUGUGCCAUCUGCACCAGUUGGUCCAUUGGAGAUCACAAAUGUCACCAAUAAUUCUGCUGACUUGAGCUGGAAACCAUCUGCCAAUGAUGGUGGUACACCAAUAACUGGAUACAUUAUUGAACACAGAGUAGAUUCCAGAACCUUCUGGACUAAAGCAGGCACUGUUAAUGAGAAAACUACCACAUUUACAGUACCAAAUCUUACAGAAGACACAAGUUACCAUUUCCGUGUCUUUGCUGUUAACGCUGAAGGACAAAGUAAACCACUUGAAUCUACUGAUGUCACAAAACCAGUGAGGAAGAUUGUAAAACUUGAGAGACAUUAUUCUAUCAUUGUGUACUGUUUUGUAUUUUUAGAAAAACCAUCGAAACCAAUUGGUCCUCUGAAAACCUAUGAUAUUGAGAAAACAUCUAUUUCCAUUUCCUGGAAAGCUCCAGAAGAUGAUGGAGGUAGUCCUCUCACUGGUUACAUUAUUGAAAAGAAAGAGGCUAAUAGACAAUACUGGAACAAUGUGGCUAAGGUAGCACCCUCAGUGACCAACUACCGUGUUGAAGAUCUGAGACAGAACUGUGAAUAUGACUUCAGAGUUACUGCAAUCAAUAAAAUUGGUCUUAGCGAUCCAUUAGAGACCGAUGCUUCAACAAUGGCAAAGAGCUCAUUCAGUGUACCAUCUCGUCCUAAAGGGCCACUCGAUAUUACCAAAGUCUCUUAUGACUAUGUUGAUCUUGAAUGGAAAGCUCCUGACAGUGAUGGAGGCACUCCUCUCACUAAAUAUAUUGUUGAAGUAAGAUCUGCUGCACGUGUGUCUUGGCUCAAAGCAGAAGAAGUUGAUCCCAAAUGUACUGUUGCCAGAGUUACAGGUUUAGUCGAGGGAACUGAAUAUUACUUCCGUGUGAUUGCCGUUAAUGAAGAGGGAGAAAGUCAACCUUUGGAGACAACAGAGUCUGCAACACCAACCAGAGACAUAAAUGUGCCUGGUGUGCCUUAUGACUUUAAAUAUAGUAAAUUAGGAAAAUCACAUGUUACCUUAGAAUGGAGAACACCACAUGAUGAUGGUGGCUCUAAAAUCCUCAAGUAUUCCAUCAAAAUGAAGAAAGAUAAGAAAUCUGAUUGGGGAAAACUCAUGACUGUUGAUGGAAAUGAAAGAAAUUGUAAGGUGACAGAUCUGGAAGAAGGCCAAGAAUAUUACUUUGCUGUAUGUGCUGAAAAUAAGAAGGGCAGUGGUAAACUGGCAGAAAUGCCUGGACCUGUUAUUCCCAAAAAGGAGCCAACUUUUCCCUCAGCACCUGCUGGACCUCUGGAAAUUACGAAAGUGCAGCGCACUGCCAUUAGUAUCCAAUGGAAACCUCCUCAAGAUGAUGGUGGAUCUCCAGUUACUGACUACAUUGUAGAAAGAAAAGUACCACGUGCAUUGCUAUGGACAAGGAUUGAUAAAGUUGAUGCUCACACACUGGAAAUGUGCUGUGAAAAUCUCUAUGAAAAACACGAGUACUUGUUCCGAGUAACAGCUCUAAAUGUCAUUGGACAUGGCCCUUACUUGGAGAGUGAUGGAGUAACUUUGGCAAGAAGUCCAUUCGAUGUUCCAUCUGCUCCUGUUGGCCCACUGAAAGUAAGCAAUGUUACCAUAGAUUCUGCUGACUUGGAAUGGGAAUCUCCAGAAAAAGAUGGUGGUACUCCACUUACUGGUUAUGUCAUUGAGUACAGGACUAGUACAAGAUCGACAUGGUCCAAAGCUGGAAUGGUUGAUGCAAAAUCUACAAAAUACACUGUUCCAAACCUGUUGGAGGGUAAUGAAUAUUUCUUCCGUGUUAUUGCUGUCAAUGAUGAAGGACCAAGCCGGCCCUUAGUUUCAACAGAAAUUGUUAAACCAAUGAGAACAUUAGCUUUGCCUGGAGUUCCAGUAGAUCUGAGAGCCAGCAGAGUCGGUGAAGAUUUUGUUGAAAUGGAAUGGGAUGCACCUAAAUCUGAUGGCGGUUCUGCAAUAAUUAACUAUCAUUUGCAAAUAUCUGCAUUUAAGCCUGGAGACUGGCAAAAACUUGCUAAAGUUUCUGCUUAUGAUACAUAUUGCCGAGCUGUUCGUCUUGAAGAGGACAUGGAUUAUUACUUUGCUGUCUGUGCUGAAAAUAGUCUUGGUAAAGGUGAAUUUUGUGAAAUGACAAAACCAGUCAAAACCAAGCGAGGAUUACUGGUUCCAGCCAAACCAAUUGGUCCUUUGACAGUGACUGAUGUAAAACGUAAUUCUAUUGGCAUUAAAUGGAAAGCACCAACUGAUGAUGGAGGUGCUCCUAUUACUAGCUACAUCAUAGAAAAACGUCAUGAAUCUGCUCGCUUCUGGUCAAAGGGAGAAAGAGUCAGUGGUGAUGUUACAACAUGCAUUGUAAAGAAUCUCCAAGAGAAAACUUCAUACCAUUUCCGAGUCAUUGCAGUGAAUCAAGUUGGGGAAAGUGAACCAUUGGAAUCAAAGGAAGCAACACUUGCUAGAAGUCCAUUUGAUCCUCCAUCACGUCCUGUAGGUCCAUUGAAUGUUGAUAAUGUAACCAAUUGUUCUGCGGAUCUUAGCUGGAAGAAACCUGAAAAUGAUGGUGGGUCCCCAAUAACAAAUUACAUUUUGGAAUAUAAAAUGGCAUCAAGGAACUUCUGGACUAAUGUUGCUACAGUUGGAGCAGAUGUUACAAAGUUCACUGUGCAAAACCUCAUUGAAGAAACAGAAUUUGAUUUCCGAGUUGCUGCAGUUAACGCUGAAGGUCAAAGUCCAUACUUGGAAACUGUUGAGGUUACAAAACCAGUCAAGAAAAUAAAUCCCCCAAGUCCACCAAUAUAUUUCCGAUCAACAAAAGUGGGAGCUGACUUUACUCUGUUAGAAUGGAAACCCCCUCUGGAAAAUGGUGGUGCCAAGAUUACAAACUAUCAUAUAUUGAAACGAGAAUCUGAAGAUGAUGAACCUCAGAAAUUAAAAACAAUUUCAGGUCAUGAGCUGUCUUGUGAAAUUAAAGGUCUCAGACAAACAAUUACUUAUUACUUCUCCAUAUGCGCUGAAAACAAAGCUGGUCUUAGUAAACUUUGCCAUGCAGAUCAUGCUGUAUGCCCAAUGAAACCACUUGAUAAACCAACAAGACCACGAGGUCCAAUUAAAGUUUCUGAUGUUCAGAAAACUUCUAUGAGAGUCACAUGGAAAUCUCCAGAAGAUGAUGGUGGAUCUCCUUUAACUGGUUACUUCUUGGAAAAACGAGAAGCUAACAGACAGUAUUGGAGUAAAGUAGAACAGGUUCCUGCAACUGUAACUAGUGCUGUUGUUGAUAACUUGAGACAAGGUACUGAAUAUGAAUUCCAAGUCAGUGCCUUCAAUAAAGUUGGUUACAGUGAGCCUCUAAUUUCAGAGGGAACAACCUUAGCAAAGAGCCCAUAUGGUGUACCAUCUCGUCCAAAGGGACCACUUGAUGUUAUCAAAGUCUCUUAUGACUAUGUUGACCUUGAAUGGAAAGCUCCUGAAAGUGAUGGAGGUACCCCUAUCACCAAAUAUAUAAUUGAAGUAAAAUCAGCCUCACGGUUAUCUUGGCUGAAAGCUGAAGAAGUUCCUCCUAAUAUAACAAUUGCAAGAAUUAUGGGCUUAGUGGAAGGAACCGAAUACUACUUCCGUGUGAUUGCAGUUAAUGAGGAAGGUGAAAGUCCUCCACUGGAGACAACUGAAUCAACCACACCAACAAGAGAAAUAACACCUCCUGGCAAACCCACUGAUUUGCAUACAAGUAAAAUUGGCAGAGACUUUGUUGCACUGGAAUGGAAACAUCCCAAAGAAGAUGGUGGUUCAAGAAUCACAAAAUACAUCAUUAAGAAGAAAGAUGAUAAGAAGACUGACUGGGUACGGGUAGCUACUACUGAUGGCUCAGACAGAAGAGUGAAGAUAGAUAAUCUUACUGAAGGCACAAAGUAUUAUUUCUCAGUUUCUGCUGAGAAUAAAGCAGGAAGUGGUCCAGCAGCAGAAAUGCCAAAUGGUGUUAUACCUGUUAAAGAAUUAACUGUUCCUUCCAAACCACAAGGACCUCUUGAAAUUACUGAUUUCAGUCGUACUUCAGUAAGCAUUAGAUGGAAAGCUCCUCUAACAGAUGGUGGUUCUCCAGUAACUGAUUAUAUAAUUGAAAGAAAAACAACUAAAGGACUUCUUUGGACCAAAGUUGACACAGUGGAGUCAUCCUUAUUUGACUACACAAUAACAAACCUUUAUGAGAACACUGACUACUUGUUUAGAGUUUUGGCUGUGAACAGUGUAGGAACAAGUGAACCAUUGGUCUGUGAUAGUGCAGUCACUGCAAAAUCUCCAUACAGUGUACCAUCUCCUCCUGUUGGUCCAUUGGUAAUUUCAAAUGUGACAAUGAAUUCUGCUGACCUUGAAUGGAAACCAUCUAAGAAAGAUGGUGGGUCCCCAAUUACUGGUUAUCUUAUUGAGUAUAGAACAUCUGCAAGAACAACAUGGUCAAAAGCAAGCUUCAUGGAUGCUAAAACUACAAAUUACACUGCUUCUAAUCUAUGUGAAGGCAGUGAAUAUUUCUUCCGUGUCAUUGCAGUUAAUUCAGAAGGACAGAGUCAGCCCUUAACUGGAUCUGAUUUCGUAAAACCAAUGAAAGAAAUGAGCUGCCCACUACCUCCAGUUGAUUUAAGAGCCACAAGAAUUGGAGAAGAUUUUGUUGAAAUAAAAUGGGAUCCACCAAAGUCUGAUGGUGGAAGUGCUAUAGAAUGCUAUGUAGUCUAUUUGUCUCAACAUAGCCCUGAUGAUUGGAAACGUGUAGCCUUACUCAGUGCAUAUGAUACAAACUUAUGCAUUACUGAUCUUCUGGAAGAUAUGAAUUAUUACUUUGGUGUAUGUGCUGAAAACAAAAUUGGUGUCAGUGAACCAGUUGAAACAAGUAAACCAGUAACAACCAUGAAAGGAUUGCUUGUACCUGCUCGUCCAACUAGUCUUGUUGUAACUGAUGUUCAACGAGAUUCUAUUGCAAUCAAAUGGAAACCACCAAAAGAUGAUGGUGGAUCACCAAUUCUUUGUUAUAUUGUUGAGAAACGUCCAACAUCAAGCAAAUUUUGGUCAAAGGUAACCAAAGUAGAUGCUGACACAACAGAACUAUAUGUUCGAAAUCUCCAUGACCAUGCUGAGUACCAUUUCAGAGUAAUUGCUGAGAACAAAGUCGGACAGAGUGAACCUCUUGAAACACAAGAUUCCACUAUGGCUAAAAGUCCAUUCAAUGUGCCAUCUCGUCCAACUGGACCUUUGGAAAUUAAAGAUGUCACCCACAACUCAGUUGACAUGGCCUGGAAACCACCACAGAAAGAUGGUGGAAAGCCUGUUACAAGUUAUAUCAUUGAAUACAGAGUACUUUCUAGAACUUUCUGGUCUAAAGCUGGUACAGUAGAUGGAAAGACAACUACAUUUACUGCAAACAACUUGAUGGAAGACACAGAUUACAUGUUUAGAGUAACAGCUGUCAAUGAUGAAGGUCAGAGUCCACCUUUGGAAUCUGAUGAAUCAACAAAACCUAUCAAGAAAAUUAAUCUUCCUGGUCAACCUAUUUACUUCCGUGCUACGAAAAUUGGUGCUGACUUUGCUGUUAUGGAAUGGAAGCCACCAAUUGAUGAUGGAGGUUCUAGGAUUACUGGUUAUGUGAUACUGAAACGAGAAUCAUUGGAUGAUGAGCGCACAAAAAUGACAUCAGUCACUUCUCAUGAAUUAUCUUGCACAUUGAAAAAUCUCAGACAAAAUGUUAAUUACUACUUCUCUAUAUGUGCUGAGAAUAAAGUUGGUCUUAGCAAACCAGCUGAUGCAGAUCAUGCUGUAUGCCCAAUGAGACAGCCACAAAAACCAUCAAGUCCAAGAGGACCUAUCAAAGUAACUGAUAUCAUGAAAACUUCAAUGAAUAUUUCAUGGAAACACCCAGAAGAUGAUGGAGGAUCUCCUCUGACAGGUUAUCUCAUCGAACAAAAAGAAAGUAAGCGUCAGUACUGGAAUAAGGUUCAGCAACUGCCUGCCACUGUUACAUCCUUUAAUAUCCAGAAUUUAAGAGCAAACACUGAAUAUGAUUACAGAAUUUCUGCUGUAAAUAAAAUAGGCUACAGUGAACCACUGAUUUCAGAUGCAUCAACAAUGGCCAAGAGUCCAUUCGGUCCUCCAGGACGUCCUAAGGGUCCCCUUGAAGUCGUUAAAAUAUCUUAUGACUAUGUUGAUCUUGAAUGGAAAGCACCUGAUUCUGAUGGUGGCAGUCCAAUUACCAAAUAUAUUAUUGAAUACAAAUCUGCAACCCGACCUAGUUGGUUAAAUGCUGCAGAAGUUGAAGCUAAUGUUAAUGUUUAUAGAGUUCUUGGAUUAGCUGAAGGAACUGAAUAUUACUUCCGUGUCAUUGCUGUCAAUGAAGAAGGACAGAGUCCACCUUUAGAGACAACUGAAGCAACAAUACCUUCUCGAGAAAUACAUGUACCUGGACCACCAGUUAAUGUAAGAGCUAGCCAAAUUGGUGAAAAUUAUGUCUGCCUUGAAUGGAGACCACCAAAGAGUGAUGGUGGUUCUAAGAUUCUGAAAUAUACUGUUAAAAAGCGAAAAGACAAGAAGGAUGAAUGGGAACGUCUGAUGGUUGUUGAAGGUUUAGAUACAUCAUUCAAAGUAACUAAUCUGGAAAAGAAUGUUGGUUAUUACUUCUCUGUCUCAGCUGAAAAUAAAGCUGGUAUGGGAAAACCAUGUGAAACCGUUGGUUCUGUUAUCACUCAACGUGAAGCAACUGUUCCUUCAAUGCCUACUGGACCCAUUGAAAUUGUUGACGUACAGCGCACUUCAAUCAGUCUAAGAUGGAAACCACCUCAGGAUGAUGGUGGUUCUCCAGUUAUGUUCUACCAAGUUGAAAAGAAAACUCCUAAAUCAUUAAUUUGGUCGAGAGUUGAAAAAGUUGAAGCAAGUACAUUAGAAGUGUGCUGCACUAAUCUAUAUGAGAAAAAUGAAUAUCUAUUCAGAGUCAUUGCUGAGAAUAUGCUUGGACAGAGUCAACCAUUAGAAACGGAAGCAGCUACUACAGCAAAGAGCCCAUUCAAUGUUCCAUCUGUUCCUGAGGGUCCAUUGAUUAUAAGCAACAUUACUAAAGAUUCAGCUGAAUUAGAAUGGAAGCCACCUCUCAGUGAUGGUGGAUGUGAACUCAAAGAAUAUAUUGUUGAAUACAGGACUGCUACAAGAACAACAUGGUCAACUGCUGGCAGGGUGCCACCUAAGACAACUUCAUUCAAAGCCACAGAUUUGAUUGAAUCACUGGAAUAUUUCUUCCGUGUGGUUGCUGUCAAUGCUGAAGGACGAAGUUUGCCUCUUGUUUCAACUGAUGUUGUCAAACCAAUGAGGGAACUAACUCCUCCAGAAAAGCCUGCCAAUUUCAGAGCAUCAAGAGUUGGAGAAAACUUUGUUGAAUUGGAAUGGUCUGCACCAGCAGUUGAUGGUGGAACACCCAUUACAGGAUAUGUUGUGCAAAUGUCACCACAGAAACCAGGCAACUGGACCACAGUCACAUCACUUGACUCUUAUGAUACAAGCUGCCGUAUAACAAAACUUGAUGAAAACAUGGACUAUUACUUCAAUAUUUGUGCAUUGAAUAAGAUUGGUGCUAGUAACAAAGCUGACACCGAAAUCUCUGUGACAACAAAGAAAGGACUCCUUGUACCAUCAAAACCAACUGGUCCUCUUCUUGUUACCAACAUUCAACAAGAUUCAGUCUGCAUCAAGUGGAAACCAUCUAGUGAUGAUGGUGGCUCUCCUAUAACAGGUUAUGUUAUUGAAAAACGAGCUUCUUCCAACAAAUACUGGUCUAAAGUUGAAAAAGUGAGAGAAGGAACAAAUGAGUAUCAAAUAAAAAAUCUCCAUGAGAAAACAGAAUAUUACUUUAGAGUUUAUGCUGAAAACAAAAUAGGAAGCAGUGAACCUUUGGACACUAAAGAAGCAACUCUUGUUAAGAGUCCAUUUGAUGUACCAUCUCGACCAGUUGGACCAUUAACGACACAAAAUGUCACAUACAAAUCCAUUGAUCUUUCAUGGAAGCCAUCUGAAAAAGAUGGAGGAAAACCUAUCACAUCUUAUCUUAUUGAAUACAAAGCUUCAACUCGUUCUUCCUGGUCGAAAGCUGGUUCAGUCGAUUCCAAAUCCACUUCUUUCACUGUUCAUGACCUAAAUGAAGAUACCGAAUAUUUCUUCAGAGUCACUGCUCUCAAUUCUGAAGGGAAAAGUCAACCACUGGAAACAUAUGAUACAACAAAAACUACUAAAAAUAUCUAUAUCCCAGAGCCUCCUAUUCACUUAAGAGCUACCAAAAUAGGACCAGAUUUUGCAGUUUUAGAAUGGAGACCACCUAUUUCAGAUGGUGGAUCUAAGAUUACCAACUACAUAAUUUAUAAACGUUUUGACAUAUAUGAAGACCGAGAGAAAAUAACUUCAGUCAGUGCAUACGAACAUACAUACACUGUAAAAGCUCUGCGAGAAAAUGUUAAUUACUAUUUCUCUGUCUGUGCUGAAAAUUCAGUAGGCUUGAGCAAACCAUGUGAUGCUGAUCAUGCAGUUACACCAAAACGACCUUUAGCUAUUCCAUCCAUACCAAGAGGUCCUAUCAAAGUAUUUGAUGUCCUCAGAAACUCUGCCAGUAUAAGCUGGAACGCUCCUGAAGAUGAUGGUGGCUCACCUCUUACAGGUUAUAUACUUGAAAAGAAAGAGUCUAUUCGAUCAUUCUGGAGUCAAAUUGAUCGCGUAUCUGCAAAUAUAACAUCUUAUAAUAUGAAAGACUUGACUGAAGACACUGAAUAUGAUUUCCGAGUAACUGCUGUCAAUAGAGUUGGUAACAGUGAUCCUCUUGUUACUGAUUUAACAACUAAGAUCAAAAGUCCAUUUGGUAAACCAACAUCUCCACUGGGACCAGUGGUAUAUGAUAAUGUAUCAGAUAGGUUCUGUGAUGUUGUUUGGAAUCCACCAAGAUCAGAUGGAGGGUCUCCAUUGCUUGGCUAUGUCAUUGAAAUGAGAGCUAAAACUCGACCUACAUGGGUCAAAGUUGGUGAAACUGAUGGUAAAACAACCAAAUUAACUGUUUUUGACCUUAGAGAUGACACCGAAUAUUAUUUCAGAAUUUCUGCAUUUAAUGAAGAAGGAGUAAGUCAGCCAUUAGAGUCAGCAGAACCUGUACAACCUCACAAAAAUAUAGUUGUACCUGGAAGUCCUGUUGACUUAAGAACAACAAGAGUGGGAUUAGAUUAUGUUGUCAUGGACUGGAAACCACCAAAAGAGGAUGGAAGAUCCAAAAUUACAAAUUAUAUUAUAGAAAUGCGUGAAGAAGGAUCUACAAAAUGGAACAAGAUUGCAACAACCAAAUUUGGUGAAGAAUAUUACAAAGCUGAUUUCUUAAAAACUGGUGUUCCUUACUUUUUCGCUGUCUCAGCCCAGAAUAAAGUUGGUACCGGAGAACGUGCAGAAAUUACAUCUGCUAUUGUACCUCAAAAGGAAGCUGAAAAACCAUCCCCACCAAUUGGACCAGUUGUUUUCAGUGAUAUUCAAAGAACAUAUUUGACUCUUUCAUGGAAACCCAGUGAACACGAUGGUGGUUCUCCUAUUAUUUCAUAUAUCAUAGAUAAAAGGGAAAGCUGGAAAUCCUCUUGGACUACAAUUGCUAAAGUACCAUCAACUACCACAAGUUAUUGUGCACAAUCAUUGAAGGAAAAUCAAGAAUAUUUCUUCAGAAUCUCUACAGUAAAUUCUGUUGGAAAAUCUGAUCCUUUGAUAUCAGAUGCUGUUAUUCCAAAGAGUCCAUUCAGUGUACCUUCAACUCCUGAAGGUCCUCUGAUUGUUUCUGAUGUCACUGCUGAUUCAGCUGUGAUAUCUUGGAAACCUCCAACGGACACUGGUGGUCUAGCACUUACAGGAUAUGUUGUUGAACGCCUUGAUAAGAGUAGAUCAACAUGGCUUACUGCAGGUAGAAUUGGACCAAAACUUACAGCUUACUGUGUGCAGAAUCUUCUUGAAGGAUGUGAUUACAUCUUCAGAGUAAUUGCAGAAAAUCCUGAGGGUUUCAGUCCUGCUUUAAAAUCUUCUGACUCCAUCAGGACAAAACGUCCAAAAGAGGCUCCAGGAGUUGUCGACUAUUUGGAAUACUCUGAUAUGACAGCUGAUUCAUUAAUUCUUCACUGGACCCGACCAUCAAAAGAUGGUGGUAGUGCUGUCAGUAACUACAUUAUUGAAUCCAAACUUGAAGGAAGCGAUGACUGGCAUAAAGUAACAUCUGUUGAAGGUCACCACACCAAAUAUAAGGUUAAGAACCUUGAAGAAAAUAGCAAAUAUAUAUUCCGUAUAUCUGCUGUUAAUGAAAUUGGUUCUGGUCAUCCUGUUCAAUCGGAUUCUGUUUUAGUUAAAGGAUCAAUUGCAACUCCAGAUGCACCAACAGGUCCACUAAAGGCAGUUGAAGUUCAAAGCCAGUCAAUUACAAUUCAAUGGGAACCUCCUAAACAUGAUGGUGGUUCUCCACUGACAGCAUAUAUUAUUGAAUUCAGAAAUGCCAAACGAGUUGGCUGGGAUCUUGCUGAUGAAAUUGGAGCCGAUAAGACAAUAUUUAAGAUCAAAAAGUUAACUAAGAAUAAUGACUAUUUCUUCAGAGUCUUUGCUAAAAACAAAGCUGGUAUCAGUUUGCCUUUGGAAUCCAAACUUUUCACAGCUAAAGAUGCUUAUGGUCCUCCAUCAAGUCCUGUUGGACCAUUGAAGCUAAGUGGUGUUACAGACAGCACUGCUGAUCUGGAAUGGAAUCCUCCUGAAAGUGAUGGUGGGAAACCAAUUACUGCAUACAUCAUUGAAUACCGAGGUGUAUGGCGUACCUCUUGGACCAAGCUUGCAGAAGUCAGUUCAACUACUUUUCGGUAUACUGCCACUAAUUUGGUAGUAGGAAAAGAAUACCAAUUCCAAGUUUUUGCUGUCAACAGUGAAGGUUAUAGUUCUCCAUUAAUUUCAGCAGAAACAGUGAAACCAAGAGAACAACCGGAAAAGCCAGGUCCUCCAUCUCAUGUAACAGUUACCAAUGUUGGUAAAAAUGAUGUUACAAUCCAAUGGGGUGCACCACGCAACGAUGGUGGUUCCAUGAUAACUAGGUACCACAUCUCCUUGAGUAAAUGUUCCCGAACGUCUUGGGAUAAGGUUACUACUGUGAAGUCUUUCGUUAGUGAAUAUACAUUCACUGAUUUAGAAGAAGGUGUGGAGUACUUUUUUGGUAUUGCAGCAGAAAAUGACAUAGGAGUUGGGCAAAUGCGUAAAACUGAAGAGGCAAUUAGGCCAAAGAAACAGCUUGAACUUCCUGCUCCUCCGGAAGGUCCUUUGAAAGUGACUAAUGUUCAGAGUAACCAAGUUACACUUUCUUGGAAAUCUAGUCCAUAUGAAGCCCACAAACCUGUUGACAAUUAUAUAAUUGACAAACGGGAAAGCUGGAAAUCUUCGUGGGGAUUCUAUUCUCGUGUUAAAGCAGAUACCACUACAACCUGUGUAAAACAGCUUAGAGAAGGACAAGAAUACUUCUUUAGAGUAUAUGCAGAAAAUAUUAUUGGAUAUUCAACAGCCAUUGAAACUGACCAAGGUGUUAUUCCUAAGAGUCCACACAGUGCUCCUUCUGCUCCUGAAGGACCUUUGACUGUAUCUGAUGUCACAGAUUCAUCAGCAACCAUAAAAUGGAGACCACCUAUUUCAGAUGGUGGAUUACCAAUUAUUCACUAUAUCAUUGAAUAUAAGGUUGAUAUCUGGGGAAGCUGGAUGAAGGCAGGUAAAGCUGACCAUGAGGAAAACAAAUACAAUGUUAAAAACCUCAAUGAAGGAAAGCAAUACUAUUUCCGAGUUUCUGCUGAAAACACUCAAGGUAUCAGUCCACCAUUGGCAACUAUUGAUCCAGUUGUUCCAAGAAAAGAACCAGAACCCCCAUCAUCUCCAGUUGGACCUGUGAAAUUCAUUGAUGCAACAAUCUCAUCGGUUACUUUGGGAUGGCGUACACCAAGAGAUGAUGGCAGAUCAGCUAUCACUGGCUAUAAAAUAUACCUCUAUGUGGAUGACAAAUGGAAAUGUAUUAAAACUGUUGAUGGAAAUACAUUUAAAUACAAGGUUCAAGACCACAUCAAAGAAGGUGGCAAAUACUUUUUCAGGAUAACAGCUGUCAAUGCUUUAGGAGAAAGUACUCCGCUUGAUUCUGAUAUGUAUGCUCCUAAGAAAGAGAAAGUUGUACCAUCGGAGCCAGUUGGUCCUAUCGUUGUAAGUAAUGUCCAGAGAAGUUCAGCAGUUAUUGAAUGGAAACCACCUGUUCAAGGUCAUCCUCUCACUGCUUACAUAAUUGAGCGUAAAGAAAAGACAAGAUCUUUCUACAGUAAAGUACAAUCAGUUGAUGAAAGCAUAACUAAAUUCUCUAUAACAAAUCUGAUAGAAGGAAAUGAAUAUUUCUUCAGAGUUAUUGCUGAAAAUGAAGUUGGUCCUGGUAAACCUCUUGAAAUGGAAGACCCCGUUUUGAUUAAGAGCCCUUACAAAAAACCAUCAGCUCCAGAAGGUCCUUUGGUUCAAAGCAAUUUGACUGAAGAAUCAGUAGAUCUUAAAUGGAAACCUCCUACUGAUGAUGGUGGCUUACCAAUUACACACUAUGUUAUUGAAGUACGAGAAAUUAAUAGACAAACAUGGAGCUUUAUGUGUGAAAUAAGAUCAAGUUCCACAAAUUACACUGUAACUGGAUUUGUACCUGGAAUGCAGUACUUCUUCAGAAUUUCAGCUAAGAAUGAUGAAGGGCAAGGACCUCCUCUCACAUCAGACCAACCAGCUAGACCUGUCAAAGCAGCAACUGUUCCCAAACCACCAGAAUUCUUAGGUAUCAAGAGUAUUGGAAAAGACCUUGUUACUAUGGAAUGGGGAAAACCAUUAGACGAUGGUGGAUCAGAUAUCACAAGUUACAUCGUUGAAUACUGCCCAGAAGGAAAAGAUAAGUGGACUAAGGCUGCUAAAGUUGGUGCUUUCGUAAACUAUUAUGUUGUUACUGACUUGGAAACUGAAAAAUUAUAUUAUUUCGGCAUUUCUGCUGAAAAUGAAAUUGGUCAAAGCAGCAGGCUAGAGACACAAGGACCAAUUAAGACAGUGAAACCAAUUGAGGUACCUACAGCACCUGAAGGACCGCUUGUGAUUGAAAAUGUCAAGCGUAAUUCUGUUGGGCUUAAAUGGAAAGCUAGUAAAGAUGAUGGUGGUUCUCCAAUUUUGUCAUACAUUAUUGAACAAAGAGAAUCAUGGAGAACAAGUUGGCAAUAUGUUGAUUGUGUCUCACCAAAGACCUUUGAGUAUGUUAUUAGAAAACUUCAAGAAAGUCAAGAGUAUACAUUCCGAAUUAUUGCUGAAAACAGUGUUGGCGUAUCAUCUCCAUUAGAAGCCAAGAAACUUAUCAAGAUCCUAAGUCCAUUUGCUCCACCUGAUCCUCCAGCACAUCUUCGUAUUGAAGAUAUAACUAGUAAAUCAGUAACCUUAGAAUGGGAUACUCCACAGUUUGAUGGAGGUAAACCUAUUACUGGUUAUGUUAUUGAACGGCGAGACCUUUCUCACCUUUCAUGGCUUCAAGUUGGAGAAACUGGUACAUUGCAUACAAGAUUCAUUGCAGAAAAAUUGGUUGAAGGAAAAGAAUAUCAGUUCCGAGUCUUUGCUGUCAACAGUGAAGGCCGCAGCAAACCAAAUGAAAUAAAGGAGCCUAUUGUACCAUUGAAAGUUGCUACUGUUCCUUCAGCUCCUGGUGGACCAGUUAUUUUCAAAUCAAUUACAGCAACGUCUGUGACACUGGAGUGGCUACCUCCUAAGAACAAUGGUGGCGCUUCUAUCAAACAUUAUCGUAUUGAAUAUGCUACUGAUACUGCUGACUGGAAAACAGUUGACAUAAGUGAUGUUGAGUAUAUCAGAGUACCUGAUCUUCAAACUGAUCAGCCAUAUUACUUCCGUAUUACAGCAAUAAAUGCAGUUGGACAGAGCAAAUACUUGGAAUCGGACAUUUUCAUUCCUAAAAAGCCCCUGUGUCAACCUAAUCCUCCAUCUGGUCCUAUCAGCAUUGUUGAAAUUACCAACGAGGCUGUCACUCUUGAAUGGAAGCCUCCAACAGAUGAUGGUGGAUGUGCUGUUACAGAAUAUGUUAUUGAAAAACGUGAAGCAAACAGGAUGAUGUGGCAGUUUUCAGAAAGAGUCUAUGAUGAUACUUUUGCUACCAUCAAAAACCUUUCUGAAGGUGAUGCUUUCUUCUUCCGUGUGCUUGCAUUGAACAGAGUUGGAUGCAGUGCGCCAUUAGACAUGGAUGUGCCUGUUAUUAUCAAGAGUCCAUUUGAACUUCCAUCAGCUCCAACUGGUCCUCUGAAAAUAUCUCAUAUCACUGAGAACUCUGCUGAUUUAGAAUGGGCUCCACCGAGAUAUGAUGGUGGAACUCCUAUUACAAUGUACGCCAUUGAAAUUCGAGAGCUUAGACGUAAACUCUGGGGCAGAGCAGGAACAGUGGAUGCAUACACUACCAGAUUCACUGCUAGAAACCUUGUUGUGAACUAUGAAUACUUCUUCAGAGUUAGAGCCAUCAACAAAGAAGGAGAAGGACCUGCUCUUGAAGGAUACGACAGUGCUUGUCCAAAGAUGAAACUUGAAUUGCCUUCAUCUCCAGUAGGUGUUAAAAUCGUGUCUGUUGGAUGCGAUAAUUGCACUAUUGAAUGGAGAGAACCUAGAUUUGACGGUGGUGACAGCAUAAAAUGUUAUAACAUUUACCUCUGCCAAGAUGGCAACUGGGCAAAAAUAGACUCAGUGGACUCCUUUGUCAAUAUGUAUACUGCCAAAAAAUUACGCAGUGACAAACUUUACUUGUUUGGAGUUGCAGCUGAAAACGAAGUUGGUUCAAGUAAAAUUGUACCUGUUCCAAACGCUAUUACUCCUGAGAAGAAAAUAUAUGCUCCAUCAAGACCUGUUGGACCAUUAUCUGUAAAUAACAUAACAAAAUCAUCGGCUGUGAUAUCAUGGAAGCUUAGUGAAAAUGAUGGUGGAUCACCAAUCAUAAGUUAUAUCACUGAAAAGAAAGAGACUUGGAAGUCUUCAUGGGCAAUGGGUGAAAGAGUUCCUGCAAAUACUACAUCGUGUGAAUUAACUUUCCUCUCUGAAGACUGUGAAUAUCAUGCACGAGUGUUUGCUGAAAACAGUGCUGGGCUGUCUGAACCAUUGAUGACUACCGAACCAUUCUUGGUCAGAAGUCCUUACGGUAAACCAUCUGCUCCUCGAGAUCUGGAUGUAAGUGAAGUCGGUGCUGACUUUGUUACUCUGAAAUGGUCUGCACCAAAGAGUGAUGGAGGAAAAGCUAUAAAUGCCUAUUCUAUUGAGAAACGAGAUAUGACUCGUAUGAUAUGGGUCCAUGUUACUGAUGUGAAACCAGGAUUAAGAGAUUACACUCUCAAGAAACUUUUGGAAGGACGAAAUUAUCAAUUCAGAAUCUCAGCAACGAAUGAGGAAGGAGAAGGACCUUUUGCACAGUCUGAUAUUAUCAGCUGUGAAAAGCCUCCUGAAAAACCAGAUAUUCCUUCAGGUUCUCUUCAGCCUUGUCAUGUAACAGAAUCUUCUGUUACAAUGGACUGGUUGCCUCCAUAUUAUGAUGGUGGUUCAAGAUUAUUGUAUUAUAUCCUGGAAAUCAAAGAAUCUGAUUCAGAUAAGUGGUUAGAGGUUACUAGAACACUAGAUACAUCAUGCCUCAUACGUGGUCUUUUUGAAGGAAUGGAAUAUGAUUUCAGAGUGAGUGCUGUUAAUGCCAUUGGUGCUAGCAGACCGCUGCCUACAGAAAAACCAGUAAUUCCAACCAGACAAUCAGAAACUCCUUCGAUUCCACUUGGACCACUUAAUGUUUCUGAUAUAACUCGUAAUUCCUUGACACUAUCCUGGAAACGUCCCAGUGAUGAUGGUGGUUGUCCAAUUGUUGGAUAUCUGAUAGAAAAAUUAGAUCUCAUAUGGGGCUUUUGGGUUAGAGCUGCAUAUGUUCCUGCAGAAGAUACAAAUUGCACUCUGCAUGAUUUAGCUGAAAACCAUAGCUACAAUUUCAGAGUUUAUGCUCAUAAUGAAAUUGGAUACAGUGAGCCUUUGGAAUUGAGGUCCCCUGUGAAAAUAAAGAGCCCAUAUAAUAAACCUUCAGCACCACAGAACUUACAUGUAACAGAAGUAACUGAAGAUAGUGUCACACUGGAAUGGACACGACCUCUUGAUUUUGGUGGUACAGACUUGUAUGGCUAUGUGAUUGAAAGAUGUGAUGGUAGUUCAACAAAUUGGAGAGCAAUUGGUAGAACCACACAAACAAUGCAUAUUGUUGAUGGUUUACAAGAAGGCCGUCAAUAUAGAUUCAGAGUGGCAGCAGAAAAUGUUGAAGGCAUUGGUAAUGCUGUAUGGCUUGCCUGUCCAGUUAUGCCACGUAGACCAAUUGAACUUCCUGGAGUACCUGAAGAUCUUGAUAUUGGACAAAUUACUCAAUGGUCUGUUUCCCUUUACUGGAGAAAACCAAUUAAUGAUGGUGGAUCUCCAAUUACUGCCUAUGCAAUUGAACAGAGUUGGGCAGGUUCUGACUGGACUGAAAUUGUUACACUGGAUGCUGCUGUACAUUCAUUUACAGUCCGAGACCUCUAUGAAAAUGUUGAAACAUAUUACAGAAUCAGAGCAAAGAAUGUUGCUGGUUGGGGAGACUACAAAGAAUUACCUCAAACAGUUGUACCUAAGAAGGCCCCAGGUUGCCCAUCAGUUCCUAUUGGCCCAAUAAUUGUCAAAGAUGUUAAUGAAGACAAUGUUACUAUUGAAUGGUCACCUUCUGUUAUGGAUGGUGGAGCUCGUAUACUCGGUUAUAUUGUUGAAAGGUUUGAUAGACGAAAUGGUGCCUGGCGAAAAUGUACUCGUGUGUCUGCUGAUUCUACUGAUGCUUAUAUCAGAAGCCUUGUACCAGGAGAUUCUUACCAAUUUAGAGUCAUGGCUUUUAACGAAGUUGGACUUAGUCUUCCAUUGGAAACAGAGAUUAUUGUUCUUCCCAAAGCAUCAGCAGAGAGCCAGAUGGCUUUACAAUUGUUCCGUGGUCACCAAAUGUUAUCGGUUUCUCAGGACUACACAUAUGAAGGAUCAGAACAGCAAACACAUAGACCUAUAAUACCAUUACCCUACCACUCAACUCAAGAACAGUUGGACCAAUCUCAUGACAGCCAAUAUUAUAGAGAGCUUUAUGAAACAACACAUCAACAUGAGCUGGAUAUAAGUCAGCAUCAUGCCCAUAAUCUACAUUAUUAUGAUUAUUCUACAAUAUUCUCUGAUCAUGAAUCAUCUUAUCUCGCUGAUUAUGAGACAUCUCUCCGUCUCACUCGUCAGCCAUAUUAUGAGAAUAUUUAUCCAGUAACACAAGUUCGAAAUUAUCAUUACAUGCCAAAUCUGGAAACUGACACAUCAUCAUCCAUGGAUGUAUACCAAAUAAGGUAUUCUGAUUAUGCAACCUCAUACCGUGAAUCUCAGUUGUCAGAGGUCGAACACCAAGAAUCCCGAAGCCACCAAGCAUCACGGAGCUACGACAUGCACCGUGUGCAACAGAGGCAACAUCAAGUAAAUGCCUCUAGUCAGUUUACCCAACAACGUCAGGGCCACCGAAGCAGAUGCAUGAAUUUCUAUGAAUUUCUAUAUCUAUUGUGUUCUACCUUGAAUAUGUUUCUCUAUUAUCCUAUUAUCCUUUCUGUGUGCUACCUAUCUUAUUAUCCAACAAGGCCACGAGGGCCUUUGAGGAUCUCAAGCAUCACUAGAGAUAAUGCGACUUUCCAGUGGGAGACCCCUGAGAAUGUUGGCAGUUCUCCCAUAACUGGAUAUAUUAUUGAAACAAAAGAAAUUUCCUCCGACGAUUGGACAUUUUUAGGACGUACCGAUUCUGAGACAACCACCCUUUGUAUUUUGUCAUUGAUUGAAGAUUGUUAUUACUUUUUCCGUGUGACUGCUGAAAACCAAUUUGGAAGGGGUAUACCCCUAGAGUCUGAUGUUCCAGUUGAACCCAGUAGACUUUUUGACUUUACAACAGCGAGAGCUGAUGCAGCCCAAUGGACCCAAGAUACCCAAAUUUCUUCUAGUAGUGUCACUGUGACACAGAAUAUAUCUUCAUCAAAUGACUACUACUACUACAUCUAUAAACACGAUGAUUCCUGCUAUUCUGUAGUGCGAUAUGCUGGGAAAUAUGUUGCUGGUCAGCAUUUUGCUUUGUUUCUUAAGGAGAUGCUUAGUAGUUUGUGUAUAAGCAAGUAUUUUAUUGAUGUUUUAGAACCUCCAUCACCUCCUGGAAAUAUUGUUGUUGAUGAUGUGAACUAUGACACUGUGACUCUAUCAUGGAAAGAACCAAGGAAUGCUUCAGUGACCAGCUAUCUUCUAGAAAUUAAGCAUAUAGAAAGAAAAUUCUGGAAAAAGGAAGCUCGAUUGCCUCCUUAUAUGCUUCACUAUCAGCUGAAGAAUUUAUCUGAUGAUGAUAUACUUUUAGUUCGAGUAUCAGCAUCGAAUCAGUAUGGUACCAGUGAACCUUGUACUCUCACCUCACCCAUACACAUUAAAUUUCGCACGAGAGUUCCACUUGCUCCUUCAAAAUGCCCUGAAGUAAUUAGGUUUGGAGAAAGCUCAAUUAAAAUGUUCUGGGAUGUUCCAUUGGAUGAUGGUGGAUUUUCGAUCAUUGGUUAUCAAAUAGAGAAAACUGAAAGGGCAGGCAACUUCUGGACAAUAGUAAAUGAAGUUCCAGUGACAGAUACCAAAUAUAUCAUUGAGAACUUGCAAGAGAACUCAACCUAUCGCUUUCGAGUAAGGGCUAUUAAUUCUAUAGGAUUAAGUGACCCUUCACCAUCAACACCUUUGAUACUUUUCAAGAUAAAAGAAGUCAAUGAGCCACCUUAUUUCAAGGAGGAAAUCCAAGACAUUUGUGUGGAAUGGGGAAAAUCAGCUGAGUUUUCUUGUGAAGUGGUUGGUAUUCCUACUCCAAAUAUAACAUGGUACAAGAACUGUUGUCAAAUCUUCAAUGGGUGUAAACAUAAGAUUGACACAGUUGGAAAUGAACAAUUGUUGACCAUAAACAAUGUGGAUUUUGAUGAUUCUGGAGAUAUAGAAUGCCGAGCAAAGAACAAAGUGGGAUCUGCUUGUAACAAAGGAAAAUUAGAUGUUUAUGCCCCUGCCAAAGUCAAACUCUCUGAUUAUUACAAGAAAGGACUAAGAUAUUUUGAAGGAGACACAAUGAAAAUUAACAUCCAAUUCUUCGGUAAACCUCGGCCUGUUAUUCUUUGGUCUAAAGACGGCAAAACAAUCAAGAACAAUCGGCAUGCUUGUGUUAGAAAUUUAGAAAAAUAUACAACUCUUGUGGUACAAAAAGUUUCGAAAGCUGAUGCCGGAGUUUAUCAUUUACAUGUCAACAAUCUUCAUGGAAAUGAUUCUGUUGAUAUUCCUAUCACAAUUAUUGGGAAACCAAAAACUCCUGGGAAACCAACUGUUACAAAUGUAACAAGCCAUUCAAUUGAGAUUUGCUGGCCAGAGCUAGAAUCAGCCACUGAAAUUUCAGCUAAUGGCUACAUUAUAGAGAAAUGUGACUUGGUAACAGGAAUAUGGAGGUAUGCAAUGUCAACGAAUACUUGUCAGGCAACAAUAAAUUAUUCUGAAGGAAAUAAUAAAUACAAAUUUCGUGUCCUUGCUGAAAAUGCAUUGGGUGUUAGUGAACCAAGCAAACAUUGUGAAAUUCUUAUUAAUGAAGAAGUUAAGGAAAAAACCAGCUCUGACGAAUUAUAUGAUUCAAAUGAGGAAGAUAAAUCACUCGACACUGAUAGAAUCAUAGGUGGUGUCCUCAGUAAAUAUAUUAUUUAUGAAGAAUUGGGUCGUGGUGCAUUUGGAGUUGUGCAUCGGGCAGUUGAGAGAGCUACCGGUAAAGUUUGGGCAGCAAAAUUCAUAAAGUGUAGACCACAUGAGAAAGAAGCUGUUGAACAUGAGAUUUAUAUCAUGAAUUGCUUGCAUCAUCGCAAACUUUUGCAGCUUCACGAAGCUUUUGAGCAGCCUGGAGAGAUUGUCAUGAUUCUUGAAUUCCUCAGUGGUGGAGAACUCUUUGAUCGCUUAAUCUCAAAUGACUACACAUUCACAGAAGAAGACUGCAUUAGUUACAUGCGUCAGAUCUGCCAAGGAGUCCAACACAUGCAUCACAAAAAUAUUAUCCAUCUUGAUUUGAAACCAGAGAAUGUCAUGUGUGUCACCAAAGACAGCACUGCCAUCAAACUGAUUGACUUCGGUUUGGCUCAGAAAAUUGAAGAUGGAAAAUCAAUUAAGGUGCUUUUUGGCACAGCUGAAUUUUGUUCUCCAGAGAUCAUUAACUUUGAACCAGUUUCUUUCAGCAGUGAUAUGUGGUCCCUGGGUGUCGUUACCUAUGUGCUUUUAAGUGGUUACUCUCCUUUCGCUGGUGACAACGACCAAGAAACAUUUGCCUACAUUAACAAUAUAGAUUAUGAUUUUGAUGAUGAAGCCUGGGAAAAUGUAUCUGAAAUUGCCAAAGAUUUCAUAGCAAACCUACUUGUCAAAGACAAAAGAGAGCGAAUGACUAUUGAUGAAGCUUUAAAUCACCCUUGGCUAAAUCCCCAGAAAAAAUUAGCCCCGGGUCAAAUGGAUAGUGGAUAUGAACAAAUUACAAAGAAAACUGAACUACCAACAGAAAAUCACAAAGAAUACUUAGAAAGAACCAGAAAUAAAGACAAAGAUUUUGAUCUUCUUCCCAUUGGAUGUCUUGCACAUGAAAGUGCCAUCUUCAGGCGUGAGGGUGACUUUGGUGUUUUGCCAAGAGAAUUAGUUAUGGAAAUGCCAGAAUGUGCUCCAGAGAUUGUAGAACCAUUGGUGAAUAUGUGCGGCUAUGAAGGUUCUUCUGUUCACCUAAAGUAUAUUAUUACUGGUAAACCAGAGCCAUCAAUCACUUGGUACAAAAGUAGCCACGAAGAUAUUACCAGGUACAGAAGUGGCCAAGAAAACAUUAACAAGUACAAAAGUAGCCACGAAGAUAUAACCAGGUACAGAAGUAGCCACGAUGACAGUAAGAGGUACAAAAGUAGCCAUGAAGACGUAAACAGAUACAAAAGUAGCCAUGAAGACAGUUACAGAUACAAAAGUAGUCUGGAUGAUACUAACAGGUACAAAAGUAGCUUCGAAGACACCAGCAGGUACAAAAGUAGCCUGGAUGACACUAGCAGAUACCUAAGUAGCCUGGACGACAAUAGCAGGUACAAAAGUAGCCUUGAAGACACCAGCAGGUACAAAAGUAGCCUGGAUGACACUAGCAGGUACCUAAGUAGCCUGGACGACAAUAGCAGGUACAAAAGUAGCCUUGAAGACACCAACAGAUACAAAAGUAGCCUUGAAGACACCAACAGAUACAAAAGUAGCCUGGAUGACACUAGCAGGUACAUAAGUAGCCUGGAUGACACUAGCAGGUACAUAAGUAGCCUGGAUGACACCAACAGAUACAAAAGUAGCCUCGAAGACACUACCAGGUACAAAAGUAGCCUUGAUGAUACUACCAGGUACAAAAGUAGCCAUGAAGAUAUUAGCAGGUACAAAAGUAGCAAUGAAACCACAUCAAGCCGACGGUCAAAGGUUUCUUACAGUGAUAAUGUUUCGUCAAUGUUUCUUACUGAUCUGGAUUUAACUGAUGCUGGUUCAUAUUCAAGUAAGGCCACAAAUAAAUAUGGGACUACAAACACCUCUUCAAGUUUUGACAUUGGAGAAGUGCGUCAUCGACGAAAGAAGAAAGAAGACUUAGACACUGAAACGCGCUUCAUUACAUAUGAUGGCACCCAAGUUGAUCCACUCUCUCCACCAGUGAUUCUUCUUCCAUUGGUUGAUGAAUAUAGAAGUAUUGGUGAAUCUGUGACCUUCUCUAUCACUGUUCGCAGUCAAUCAGAUGUUGAAGUUACCUGGAGUCACAAUGAAGAUAUCAUCCAGCCUUCGUCUAAGUAUUCAAUAAGUAAAGAACAUGAUGUAUACUAUCUGUGUAUUUCUGAUCUAAAUCCUAAUGAUGCUGGAUGUUGGCGGUGCUUAGCCAUUAAUUACUAUGGCCAGGCUCAAACUACUUGUGAACUGACUGUCUACAACUAUACACUCGAGAGGUACCGACCACCGAAAUUUCUUCAAGGACUUCAUAAUAUUGUUGUUUCUGAAGGAGCAAGUGUGAAAUUUAGAUGCAAAAUAAGUGCUCACCCUGAAGGCAGGAUUAUAUGGUUCAAAAACAGACAACCAAUUAAAGAUGAUAAUGUCUACAAAAUAUCUGAAGAAUCAAGUGAGAUCUUUUCCUUGUUCAUCAAUGAAGUUAUUCGAGAAGAUAUUGGCUUCUAUAUGUGCCAAGCUAUCAACCAAGCUGGGUCAUCAUCUUCAGAAGCAAAACUUUCUGUUGAAACACAAGAGAAACCAAUAUCUCUAUUGGAGAGAAAUCCAUUGUCUAAAGAACACAGCCAACCUCCUGAAGAGGAAGAAGAUCAACCUAAAUACACCUGCAUGCCAGAAUUCACAACCAAGCUGAAGAACAAACUUGCUCAGGUUGAUAAUCCAAUUCGGCUUUCCUGCUCGGUAUCAGGGGUUCCUGACCCCACUAUACAAUGGUAUAAAAAUGGGGAGAAAAUCCACAGUGGACUGACUUAUGUCAUCAAGAACAGCUCAGGGUUGUUAACCCUUGAUAUUCCUUGUGUAUCAUCUAAAGAUGAAGGGCAAUAUGUGUGUGAAGCAACAAACAGCCAUGGUACUGUUAGUUGCAGUUCUACAAUUAGUCUACAAGGAUCGAAUAGAAAUCUGUCUAAAAUAGCAGACUAUGAGACUCCAGUCUUCCUUGAUACCCCAUUAUGUUGUACUGCUGUUUGCGGUGAAGAUGCUAUGUUCAAUUGUGUUGCCACUGGUCAUCCAAGCCCUUCAUUUAAAUGGAGCAAAGAUGGAAUUAAUGUCGAAGAUAACAGACGCUGCCAAGUUUUUGUAGAUAAUCAUGGUGGUUGCAGACUGAUCAUACAUAAGGUAGAAGAAAAUGAUUCAGGUCUUUAUUCAUGUACAGCCCACAAUAGUGCUGGACGGACAACAUGUUCAACACGCUUGCGUAUAGUCGGUUUCGGUGACACACAUAGUCGUCAAACUUCUCAAGAGAGGUCAUAUAGUCUUCAGAAGUAUGAAAAAGCUCCUGACCUUGAUGUAGCUGACCGUAUGCUAACACCAGGACAACCACCUUAUUUUACAAUGAUGCUCGCUAAAAAAAUUGAGUUAAAUGAAGGUGAAAAACUCCGUCUUGAUUGUUCAAUUGAAGGCUUCCCUUCUCCUGUCAUUACCUGGCAGAAAGGUGUUCGGCAGCUUACAUAUGAUGUUCGCCACCGAAUUAUAGCUUAUGGAACCUUGCAGACCCUUGAAAUCCCAUCUGUAAUGAUCACAGAUCGUGGUGAAUAUAUUGUUCGAGCUGCUAAUGUAUUUGGCAUCAUAGAAACUUCCUGUUCGGUUACAGUCAACAAGAAGAGCAAGAAAGGAUAUGAUAGAAAAAAAUGUGUUAUUUCAUACUAUUAUGGUUCUUUAUUAUAUAAAAUACAUGAUUUUGGUAUCAGUCAUGGUUCAUCUGAAACAGUUGUAAAGAUAAGACUAUUUCAUUAUUCCUUUUCAUUUGUAUUCCAUGUCAAUACAUUCAUUGUGUUCACUUGUGUUCAUCUGCCAUUCUUACUUCAAUAUGUAAAUACAUGUAUUACAGUGAGCCAUGUAACAAUUCCACGAGGAAAAGCUCCAUUCUUCGUAAAACAUUUACCUCAUACAAUCGAUGUUAUCGAAGGCACUGAUGUUCGUCUAGACUGUGUUGUGAAGACACAGAAACCUGUUCCUCAAAUUGAAGUCAUCAGUGACAGCCAAACAAUUGAGGGGGGUGUAAAAAGUGUUUCACAGACGGUGAAGCCUGCUGAGAAAAUGACUCCCAGUCAUGUCUCUGAUUACAAGGUGACCACCUCUGCUGCUGCUGCUCCAUGCAGUGGAGAGGAACGAGAAAUCGAUCCAUCUUUUACUCAGAAAUUUGAUGAUAUUGUAGUUACCGAAGGUGAGGAUGCAGUAUUGGAAUGCAAAACCUCUGGAGAAUCAGACGUCAGAUGGUUAAAAGACGGAGAAGCUCUCAGCUCAAAUGAUCAUAUCACAAUUGUUUGUAAAGGAGGUUUACACCAAUUGCACCUUCACAAAUGUACAGGAGAUGAUGAAGCUAUUUAUACAUGUAUCUCUUCAGCUGGUGGAAAAUCUGCUUCUUGUAUGGCAAUGUUGUCUACAAAGAGAAACAGAGAGAGUCUGUUUGACUCCAGCUAUGGUGAAGAUCUCUUCAAAAGGUGGGAGAUACGUCUCUAUGGUGAAAGUUACUCUCGCCCUGAAAGACGUAGUCCCCAAAGAUCCCCUGAAAGGGAAAGAAGGUACAGAUCAUCAAGUCAGGAAUCGGACAGACACUCCAGAUAUAGCAGAUAUUCGGAGAGUCCUUACAACAAGUACCCUAGCUAUGGCGGUGGUUCCAAAGAACGCUACAGCAGAUAUGACCGAUUCCGAAGGUCAGAGUCAUAUGAUCUAUCCCAAAGGUCAGAGUCACAUGACCAAUAUAGACGGUCAGAGUCAUUUGACCUUGGCUCCGAUUACGACGCCAGGUAUGAUGAUAAUUUUAGACGAAACCUAAGAAGAAGAACUAGUGAUAGUGACUAUUCAAUAGACACAGAUGAUGAAACUAAACCCUGGUCAAUGAGAGGCAGACAUCAUGAAAAGCGAGAGGAAAAAUAUUCCAAGGAAACAACUGAUCCUACAUCACCUAAACCAUAUGAUGAGAUGGAUAGUACUUCAAGAACUACAAGGGAAACUUUAGAGCAAAAGUUACAGGUGAAGGAGACAAAGAGGAUUUCUGAUAAGUCUAUUGAAUCUGUAGAAGAGAAAUAUAGUGCUUUGACAAAAUCCCUUUUUGCUGAUUCUGCUGGUUCUAAAGAAACUACCACUGACAGGACAGAAUAUAUUAGUAGCUCAAAAGAAUAUAAAACAGAUAGUAUUGGUAUGGAUGAAGAUAAGAAACGAGAAUUUCAGGAUGUCUCUUAUGAUUCAAGUCAUCAAAAAUACAAACUAUCAUAUGAAACGGAGAGUUCGGAUGUUUUUGUAGACACAGAAGUUCCCACUAAGAAAGUAACAGAGACACCUGAGAAGGUAACUGAUGUUCCCACUGAAGUCCCUGAGAAAGCAACUGAUAUACCAGUUGAAGUACCUGAGAAAGUAGUCGAUGUUCCUGCAGAUGUACCUGAAAAAAUAGUUGAUAUUUCUGUUGAAGUACCUGAAAAAGUUGUUGAUAUUCUCACAGAAGUACCUGAGAAAGUAACUGAUAUACCUGUUGAAGUACCUGAAAAAAUAGUUGAUAUUUCUGUUGAAGUACCUGAAAAAGUUGCUGAUAUUCCCACAGAAAUCCCUGAGAAAGUAGCUGAUGUUCCCACUGAAGAACCCGAGAAAAUAGUUGAUAAUUCUUUUGAAAUACCGGAAGCAGUUUCUGAAAUUCCUGUAGAGGUACCUGAGAAAGCAGCUGACAUUCCUGUUGAGGUACCUGAGGUGCUUGAGAAAGUCACUGAUGUUCCCGCAGAAGAACCUGAGAAAGCAGUUGAUAUUUCUUUUGAAAUACCUGAAACAGUAGCCGAUAUUCCCACAGAACUACCUGAGAAAGUAACUGAUGUUCCUGCUGAAGUACCAGAAAAAGCUCCUGAGGUUUCUACAGAUGUAGCAGAGAAGAUAGCUGAUGCUCCCACCGACAUAGCUGAAACUAUAACUGAUGUUCAUGUUGAAGUCAGUGAGGAAAUAUCAGAGGUCUCUACAGAUGUUGCAGAGAAGAUAGCUGAUGCUCCCACCGACAUAGCUGAAACUAUAACUGAUGUUCAUUUUGAAGUGAGUGAGGAAAUAUCAGAGGUCUCUACAGAUGUAGUACAGAAGACAGUUGAUGUUCCCACUGACAUAGCUGAAACUACAACUGAUGUUCAUUUUGAAGUAAGUGAGGAAAUAUCAGAGGUCUCUACAGAUGUAGCAGAGAAGACAGCUGAUGCUCCCACCGACGUAUCUGAAACUAUAACUGAUGUUCAUGUUGAAGUGAGUGAGGAAAUAUCAGAGGUCUCUACAGAUGUAGCAGAGAAGACAGCUGAUGCUCCCACCGACAUAGCUGAAACUACAACUGAUGUUCAUUUUGAAGUG